GUGGAUGAGUGCGUUGAGGGCCUUACCCUGUGCGGUGCCCACGCCCAGUGUUUCAACCUGCCAGGGAGCCAUCGCUGCCAAUGCCAGAGCGGCUACGAGUUUGGCUUUGACGGUCGAACCUGUAUAGGUAAUUGUUCUGUACUAUUGGAAUUCUGACUGGACUGCAAACUUAUACUGAACUGCAGACUGGCUGGACAUUCCUUGCAAUUCCCCAUUGCUGCCUGCAACCCCUUGAAGAUUAUGCAUGCACAGUACAUUCCCUUGAUAUGAUCUCUAAAAUUGAAAAGCUGCUUAGCUUAGCUAGAUCUGAGUUAGGCAGAGCUAAGCUGAGGGAAAGCCAGGCCGAACAGGUGGUGUUUGAGUCCGUUUUUGAAAGUGGUGAUGAAGUCAGAAUUGCAGGUGGCUGGGGGGAGAGUGUUCCAGAGUUUAGGAGAAGCGGCGCUGAAUGCCCGGUCCCCCGUGGUGCACAGUCUUAUUUUUGGGAUGGUGAGUAGUCCAGAGUCAGAGGAACAGAGACAGCGGGAGGCGUGUGUGUGUGGAGGAGGUCGGAGAGGUAUGAGGGGGCAAGGCCAUGGAGGGCCUUGUAGGUGAGGAGUAGGAUCUUGUAGGGGAUGCGGAAUUUGACAGGGAGCCAAUGAAGGUGGAGCAGAGUGGGGGUGAUGAGUUCCCAGGGUUUGGUGCAUGUGAGGACCCUGGCAGUGGAGUUCUGGAUGUACUGGAGCCUAUCCAGUGCUUUGCUGGACACCUUGAAUAGGACUCCAUUGCAGUAGUCCAGACAUGAUGUGACAAAAGCAUGUAUGAGGGGCUCCGCUACUGGGUCCGUGAGGGAUGGUCGGAAUCGGGAGAUGUUACGGAGGUGGAAAAAGGAGGAAUUGGUGAGGUAGUUGAUGUAAGGCUCGAAGGAGAGAGUGGGGUCCAGGAUGACACACAGAUUUCUGACCUCGGAGGAGGGCAGAUGGAGCAGCCCUCAAUGGACAACAAUAGGUCACCCACUUUUUUGAGGAGAGCCUUGGAAGCCACCAGCAUGACCUCAGUUGUAUAGCUGUUGAGUUUGAGUAGAUUAGAUGUCAUCCAGUGUUUUAUAUCCUGGAGACUGUUGAUCAGAGACGGGGGAGGGAGAAGUGGGUUUGGUGUGGAUGUAAAGCUGGGUGUCAUCCGCAUAGGAGUGGAAGCUGAGACCAUGGUGGCGGAAGAUCUGGCCCAGGGGAAGAAUGUAGCUCUCUGUGUUUAUUAAAAAUCCCAUCGCACUUAUUGGAAAAGUAGAGGUGUUAACCCCAGUGUCAUGGCAAAAUUCCCAACCUGGCCCCAUUCCAUCAUGGCCACCUAAUCAUCCCCCUCAUUCCUAAUUGGCAGAUAUCACUCCUCACCUCUCCACCUGAUAGCUGAUAUGUGGUGAGCGUUCUGGCACAAAAAUGGUCGCUGUGCAUUACCUAGGUGGGUGCUACACAUUGGUGGUGGAUGAGGUGAGUUUCCCCCUACUAUGUAAAGCGCUUUGAGUACCUCAGUUGGUAGAAAAGCGCUAUAUAAAUCCAAUCAAUUAUUCUAAGGCUGGGGAAGAGGAGUGUGUCAUAGUGAGACACGAGCUCCUCGGCCGAGGAUAGAAGGAUGAGGAUUGUUGAGUGUUUGAAGCCUGUUUCUGAGAGACUUUAUGUUCCUGUAUGUAAUGGUCAGUUUUUGUCGCAACUUGGUUAGGGGGAAAGGCACAUUACAGAGGAUGGCAAAGUGGUCUGAGAUGGUAGGAUCCAGGCCACGCAGGUUGAAGGGGGCAAAGUCUGUCGAGCACACGAGAUCCAGAACAUGACCUUUGUCAUACAGUGAGGGAAAAAAGUAUUUGAUCCCCUGCUAAUUUCGUAUGUUUGCCCACUGACAAAAAAAUGAUCAGUCUAUAAUUUUAAUGGUAGGUUUAUUUGAACAGUGAGAGACAGAAUAACAACAAAAAUAUCCAGAAAAACGCAUGUCAAAAAUGUUAUAAAUUGAUUUGAAUUUUAAUGAGGGAAAUAAGUAUUUGACCCCCUCUCAAUCAGAAAGAUUUCUGGCUCCCAGGUGUCUUUUAUACAGGUAACGAGCUGAGAUUAGGAGCACAGUCUUAAGGGAGUGCUCCUAAUCUCAUCUUGUUACCUGUAUAAAAGACACCUGUCCACAGAAGCAAUCAAUCAAUCAGAUUCCAAACUCUCCACCAUGGCCAAGACCAAAGAGCUCUCCAAAGAUGUCAGGGACAAGAUUGUAGACCUACACAAGGCUGGAAUGGGCUACAAACCAUCGCCAAGCAGCUUGGUGAGAAGGUGACAACAGUUGGUGCAAUUAUUCGCAAAUGGAAGAAACACAAAAAAACUGUCAAUCUCCCUCGGCCUGGGGCUCCAUGCAAGAUCUCACCUCGUGGAGUUACAAUGAUCAUGAGAAUGUUGAGGAAUCAGCCCAGAACUACACAGGAGGAUCUUGCCAAUGAUCUCAAGGCAGCUGGGACCAUAGUCACCAAGAAAACAAUUGGUAACACACUACGCCGUGAAGGACUGAAAUCCUGCGGCGCCCGCAAGGUCAACCCUGCUCAAGAAAGCACAUAUACAGGGCCGUCUGAAGUUUGCCAAUGAACAUCUGAAUGAUUCAGAGGAGAACUGGGUGAAAGUGUUGUGGUCAGAUGAGACCAAAAUCGAGCUCUUUGGCAUCAACUCAACUUGCCGUGUUUGAAGGAGGAGGAGGAAUGAUGCCUAUGACCCCAAGAACACCAUCCCCACUGUCAAACAUGGAUGUGGAAACAUUAUGCUUUGGGAGUGUUUUUCUGCUAAGGGGACAGGACAACUUACCGCAUCAAAGGGACGAUGGACGGGGCCAUGUACCGUCAAAUCUUGGGUGAGAACCUCCUUCCCUCAGCCAGGGCAUUGAAAAUGGGUCGUGGAUAGGUAUUCCAGCAUGACAAUGACCCAAAACACACGGCCAAGGCAACAAAGGAUUGGCUCAAGAAGAAACACAUUAAGGUCCUGGAGUGGCCUAGCCAGUCUCCAGACCUUAAUCCCAUAGAAAAUCUGUGGAGGGAGCUGAAGCUUCGAGUUGCCAAACGUCAGCCUCGAAACCUUAAUAACUUGGAGAAGAUCUGCAAAGAGGAGUGGGACAAAAUCCCUCCUGAGAUGUGUGCAAACCUGGUGGCCAACCUCAAGAAACGUCUGACCUCUGUGAUUGCCAACAAAGGUUUUGCCACCAAGUACUAAGUCAUGUUUUGCAGAGGGGUCAAAUACUUAUUUCCCUCAUUAAAAUGCAAAUCAAUUUAUAACAUUUUUGACAUGCGUUUUUCUGGAUUUUGUUGUUGUUAUUCUGUCUCUCACUGUUCAAAUCAACCUACCAUUAAAAUUAUAGACUGAUCAUUUCUUUUUGUCAGUGGGCAAACGUACAAAAUCAGCAGGGGAUCAAAUACUUUUUUCCCUCACUGUAUGUGGAAAACUGCACAUGCUGUGUGAUGUUGAAACAAUCCAGGAGAGACAGGAACUCGGCAGCAAAGGCACAACUUUUGGAGUCGACAUGGAUGUUGAAGUCACCCAGCAGUAGGUUAGAUGGUGACAUGGAGCAGACAGGUGUGUGGACCUCUGAGAUCUCUGAGAUGAACACAGAGGAGGGUUUGGGACGGGCGGUAGAUUAGCAAAACUGACAGAGGUUGAGGACCAGCCAGCCUAAAUGCCAGACAUUCAAAAUAUGUGGCAUAGGGUAUGGGAAGGACUUUAACCUUGAAGUCUGUAUGAUGGAUAACAUCAAUCCCCCAACCCACAGAGCGAGGUUUUUGUAGUUACACAUAGCCUGGUGGUUUAGCUUGAUUAAGCACUAUAAAGUCAUUUGGCUGCUGCCAGGUUUCUGUUAAGCACAUCAGGUCAAUUUCUUUAUCGAUGAUAGCAUUAUAAACCAGCAGUGAUUUGUUAUUGAGAGAGCGAGUGUACUGUUCAGCAGAGCAAACGAACUGGUGUUGUAGGGGUGGGGGAGGGGUCAAGGGACCGCGAGUGGUCCAUUGCGUUGUUAAAUCUUGACCAAUCACAGCAGGCACCAUGUCACUCCAGGGACUUCUUGCAGUACAUGGUACUGCAUAGCGCAGUAUAUUGUAUUGUUUAUUUUUGUCAUAAAAAUGUGUCCGAAUUGUUUUAUUUGUUAUACUGCAUAGGACAAGUGAUGUGUGUUUAUGGAAACUCAUAUCAGACUGAAUUGUAAAAACAAAACAAAAAAUUGGUGUUUGAUCAAAAACAUCCGGGCUGAAGCCUCGGAAACCCAGGCCUAAUGAUGCCACUGGACCCAAGUCUGGUCUCAGCAGUGGAAACGGACAGAGAAUCUACUCAAACUGAUGGUCUGAUGAUACUAUAACUGUGACAUAACAGUUCUGUUCUCUCUCUCGUCUCCUUCAGAUGUGGAUGAGUGUGUUGAGGGCCUUACCCUGUGCGGUGCCCACGCCCAGUGUUUCAACCUGCCAGGGAGCCAUCGCUGCCAAUGCCAGAGCGGCUACGAGUUUGGCUUUGACGGUCGAACCUGUAUAGGUAAUUGAUCUGUACUAUUGGAAUUCUGACUGGACUGCAAACGUAUACUGAACUGCAGACUGGCUGGACAUUCCUUGCAAUUCCCCAUUGCUGCCUGCAACCCCUUGAAGAGUAUGCAUGCACAGUACAUUACCUUGAUAAGAUCUCUAUCUUGUCAUUCCCUUGAUAAGAUCUCUAUCUUGUCAUUGUCUUCAUUUUAUUGAGGAAAUUAUUCAUUGUAACCACACUAUCACCUACAAGUGACUAGGAAAUCAACAGCGUUGAUUCAUUUAAAUAAUAAUAAUAAUAAUACAUGGGAUUUACAGAGAGAACAAACAAAACAAGAAAUUAAACAAGUUAAAACUGAAAAGCUGCUUAGCUUAGCUAGAGCUGAGUUAGGCAGAGCUAAGCUGAGGGAAAGCCAGGCCGAACAGGUGGUGUUUGAGUCUGUUUUUGAAAGUGGUGAUGAAGUCAGAAUUGCAGGUGGCUGGGGGGAGUGUGUUCCAGAGUUUAGGAGAAGCGUGCUGAAUGCCCGGUCCCCGUCUUAUUUUUGGGAUGGUGAGUAGUCCAGAGUCAGAGGAACAGAGACAGCGGGAGGUGUGUGUGUGUGGAGGAGGUCGGAGAGGUAUGAGGGGGCAAGGCCAUGGAGGGCCUUGUAGGUGAGGAGUAGGAUCUUGUAGGGGAUGCAGAAUUUGACAGGGAGCCAAUGAAGGUGGAGCAGAGUGGGGGUGAUGCGUUCCCAGGGUUUGGUGCAUGUGAGGACCCUGGCAGUGGAGUUCUGGAUGUACUGGAGCCUAUCCAGUGCUUUGCUGGACACCUUGAAUAGGACUCCAUUGCAGUAGUCCAGACAUGAUGUGACAAAGGCAUGUAUGAGGGUCUCCGCUACUGGGUCCGUGAGGGAUGGUCGGAGUCGGAAGAUGUUACGGAGGUGGAAGAAGGAGGAAUUGGUGAGGUAGUUGAUGUAAGGCUCGAAGGAGAGAGUGAGGUCCAGGAUGACUGUCACGAUCGUCUACCAAUGAGGAAGCGGACCAAAGCGCAGCGUUGCGAGUGAACAUAAUUUAUUAAUAAACGUACUCACGAAAACAAAACAAAAGACGAUACGUGAAGUUCUCAAGUUACAAAUCACUGACAUACGGAACAUGUAACCAAGAAACAAAAACCCACAAACCCCACAGGAAAACAUACAGAAUAAAUAUGGCUCCCAAUCAGAGAUAACGAGCCGAACAGCUGACACUCGUUACCUCCGAUUGGGAGUCAUUGAACAAACCUAGAAAAACAACAACCUAGACACCCAACCUAGAACAUAAACACAUAGACUGCACACACCCUGGAUAAACAAUAAUGAGUCCCAGCACCAGGGUGUGACAAUGACACACAGAUUUCUGACCUCGGAGGAGGGCAGAUGGAGCAGCCCUCAAUGGACAACAAUAGAUCACCCACUUUUUUGAGGAGAGCCUUGGGAGGCACCAGCAUGACCUCAGUUAUAUAGCUGUUGAGUUUGAGUUGAUUAGAUGUCAUCCAGUGUUUUAUAUCCCGGAGACAGUUGAUCAGAGACGGGGGAGGGAGAAGUGGGUUUGGUGUGGAUGUAAAGCUGGGUGUCAUCCGCAUAGGAGUGGAAGCUGAGACCAUGGUGGCGGAAGAUCUGGCCCAGGGGAAGAAUGUAGCUCUCUGUGUUUAUUAAAACUCCCAUCGCACUUAUUGGAAAAGUAGCGGUGUUAACCCCAGUGUCAUGGCAAAAUUCCCAACCUGGCCCCAUUCCAUCAUGGCCACCUAAUCAUCCCCCUCAUUCUUAAUCGGCAGAUAUCACUCCUCACCUCUCCACCUGAUAGCUGAUGUGUGGUGAGCGUUCUGGCACAAAAAUGGUCGCUGUGCAUUACCUAGGUGGGUGCUACACAUUGGUGGUGGAUGAGGUGAGUUUCCCCCUACUAUGUAAAGCGCUUUGAGUACCUCAGUUGGUAGAAAAGCGCUAUAUAAAUCCAAUCAAUUAUUCUAAGGCUGGGGAAGAGGAGUGUGUCAUAGUGAGACACGAGCUCCUCGGCCGAGGAUAGAAGGAUGAGGACUGUUGUGUGUUUGAAGCCUGUUUCUGAGAGACUUUAUGUUCCUGUUUGUAAUGGUCAGUUUUUGCCGCAACUUGGUUAGGGGGAAAGGCACAUUACAGAGGAUGGCAAAGUGGUCUGAGAUGGUAGGAUCCAGGCCACGCAGGUUGAAGGGGGCAAAGUCUGUCGAGCACACGAGAUCCAGAACAUGACCUUUGUCAUACAGUGAGGGAAAAAAGUAUUUGAUCCCCUGCUGAUUUCGUAUGUUUGCCCACUGACAAAAAAAUGUUCAGUCUAUAAUUUUAAUGGUAGGUUUAUUUGAAGAGUGAGAGACAGAAUAACAACAAAAAUAUCCAGAAAAACGCAUGUCAAAAAUUUUAUAAAUUGAUUUGAAUUUUAAUGAGGGAAAUAAGUAUUUGACCCCCUCUCAAUCAGAAAGAUUUCUGGCUCCCAGGUGUCUUUUAUACAGGUAACGAGCUGAGAUUAGGAGCACAGUCUUAAGGGAGUGCUCCUAAUCUCAUCUUGUUACCUGAAUAAAAGACACCUGUCCACAGAAGCAAUCAAUCAAUCAGAUUCCAAACUCUCCACCAUGGCCAAGACCAAAGAGCUCUCCAAAGAUGUCAGGGACAAGAUUGUAGACCUACACAAGGCUGGAAUGGGCUACAAACCAUCGCCAAGCAGCUUGGUGAGAAGGUGACAACAGUUGGUGCAAUUAUUCGCAAAUGGAAGAAACACAAAAAAACUGUCAAUCUCCCUCGGCCUGGGGCUCCAUGCAAGAUCUCACCUCGUGGAGUUGCAAUGAUCAUGAGAAUGUUGAGGAAUCAGCCCAGAACUACACAGGAGGAUCUUGUCAAUGAUCUCAAGGCAGCUGGGACCAUAGUCACCAAGAAAACAAUUGGUAACACACUACGCCGUGAAGGACUGAAAUCCUGCGGCGCCCGCAAGGUCAACCCUGCUCAAGAAAGCACAUAUACAGGGCCAUCUGAAGUUUGCCAAUGAACAUCUGAAUGAUUCAGAGGAGAACUGGGUGAAAGUGUUGUGGUCAGAUGAGACCAAAAUCGAGCUCUUUGGCAUCAACUCAACUUGCCAUGUUUGAAGGAGGAGGAGGAAUGCUGCCUAUGACCCCAAGAACACCAUCCCCACUGUCAAACAUGGAGGUGGAAACAUUAUGCUUCGGGAGUGUUUUUCUGCUAAGGGGACAGGACAACUUACCGCAUCAAAGGAACGAUGGACAGGGCCAUGUACCGUCAAAUCUUGGGUGAGAACCUCCUUCCCUCAGCCAGGGCAUUGAAAAUGGGUCGUGGAUGGGUAUUCCAGCAUGACAAUGACCCAAAACACACGGCCAAGGCAACAAAGGUGUGGCUCAAGAAGAAAUACAUUAAGGUCCUGGAGUGGCCUAGCCAGUCUCCAGACCUUAAUCCCAUAGAAAAUCUGUGGAGGGAGCUGAAGGUUCGAGUUGCCAAACGUCAGCCUCGAAACCUUAAUAACUUGGAGAAGAUCUGCAAAGAGGAGUGGGACAAAAUCCCUCCUGAGAUGUGUGCAAACCUGGUGGCCAACCUCAAGAAACGUCUGACCUCUGUGAUUGCCAACAAAGGUUUUGCCACCAAGUACUAAGUCAUGUUUUGCAGAGGGGUCAAAUACUUAUUUCCCUCAUUAAAAUGCAACUGAUGGUCUGAUGAUACUAUAACUGUGACAUAACAGUUCUGUUCUCUCUCUCGUCUCCCUCAGAUGUGGAUGAGUGUGUUGAGGGCCUUACCCUGUGCGGUGCCCACGCCCAGUGUUUCAACCUGCCAGGGAGCCAUCGCUGCCAAUGCCAGAGCGGCUACGAGUUUGGCUUUGACGGGCGAACCUGUAUAGGUAAUUGUUCUGUACUAUUGGAAUUCUGACUGGACUGCAAACUUAUACUGAACUGCAGACUGGCUGGACAUUCCUUGCAAUUCCCCAUUGCUGCCUGCAACCCCUUGAAGAUUAUGCAUGCACAGUACAUUCCCUUGAUAUGAUCUCUAUCUUGUCAUUGUCUUCAUUUUAUUGAGGAAAUUAUUCAUUGUAACCACACUAUCACCUACAAGUGACUAGGAAAUCAACAGCGUUGAUUCAUUUAAAUAUAAUAAUAAUAAUAAUACAUGGGAUUUAAAGAGAGAACAAACAAAACAAGAAAUUAAACAAGUUAAAACUGAAAAGCUGCUUAGUUUAGCUAGAGCUGAGUUAGGCAGAGCUAAGCUGAGGGAAAGCCAGGCCGAACAGGUGGUGUUUGAGUCUGUUUUUGAAAGUGGUGAUGAAGUCAGAAUUGCAGGUGGCUGGGGGGAGUGUGUUCCAGAGUUUAGGAGAAGCGUGCUGAAUGCCCGGUCCCCGUCUUAUUUUUGGGAUGGUGAGUAGUCCAGAGUCAGAGGAACAGAGACAGCGGGAGGUGUGUGUGUGUGGUGGAGGUCGGAGAGGUAUGAGGGGGCAAGGCCAUGGAGGGCCUUGUAGGUGAGGAGUAGGAUCUUGUAGGGGAUGCGGAAUUUGACAGGGAGCCAAUGAAGGUGGAGCAGAGUGGGGGUGAUGCGUUCCCAGGGUUUGGUGCAUGUGAGGACCCUGGCAGUGGAGUUCUGGAUGUACUGGAGCCUAUCCAGUGCUUUGCUGGACACCUUGAAUAGGACUCCAUUGCAGUAGUCCAGACAUGAUGUGACAAAGGCAUGUAUGAGGGGCUCCGCUACUGGGUCCGUGAGGGAUGGUCGGAGUCGGGAGAUGUUACGGAGGUGGAAAAAGGAGGAAUUGGUGAGGUAGUUGAUGUAAGGCUCGAAGGAGAGAGUGAGGUCCAGGAUGACACACAGAUUUCUGACUUCGGAGGAGGGCAGAUGGAGCAGCCCUCAAUGGACAACAAUAGGUCACACACUUUUUUGAGGAGAGCCUUGGAAGCCACCAGCAUGACCUCAGUUUUAUAGCUGUUGAGUUUGAGUAGAUCAGAUGUCAUCCAGUUUUUUAUAUCCCGGAGACAGUUGAUCAGAGACGGGGGAGGGAGAAGUGGGUUUGGUGUGGAUGUAAAGCUGGGUGUCAUCCGCAUAGGAGUGGAAGCUGAGACCAUGGUGGCAGUAGAUCUGGCCCAGGGGAAGAAUGUAGCUCUCUGUGUUUAUUAAAAAUCCCAUCGCACUUAUUGGAAAAGUAGAGGUGUUAACCCCGGUGUCAUGGCAAAAUUCCCAACCUGGCCCCAUUCCAUCAUGGCCACCUAAUCAUCCCCCUCAUUCCUAAUCGGCAGAUAUCGAUCCUGACCUCUCCACCUGAUAGCUGAUGUGUGGUGAGCGUUCUGGCACAAAAAUGGUCACCGUGCAUCACCAUUGGUGGUGGAUGAGGUGAGUUUCCCCCUACUAUGUAAAGUGCUUUGAGUACCUCAGUUGGUAGAAAAGCGCUAUAUAAAUCCAAUCAAUUAUUCUAAGGCUGGGGGAGAGGAGUGUGUCAUAGUGAGACACGAGCUCCUCGGCCGAGGAUAGAAGGAUGAGGACUGUUGGGUGUUUGAAGCCUGUUUCUGAGAGACUUUAUGUUCCUGUAUGUAAUGGUCAGUUUUUGCCGCAACUUGGUUAGGGGGAAAGGGACAUCACACAGGAUGGCAAGGUGUUCUGAGAUGGCAAGAUCCCGGCCACACAGGUUGGAGGGGGUAAAGCCUGUCGAGCAAACCAGAUCCAGAACAUAACCUUUGUCAUCAAAUUCAAAUCAAAUGUAUUUAUAAAGCCCUUUUUACAUCAGCAGAUGUCACAAAGUGCUUAUACAGAAACUAAAAUCCCAAACAGCAAGAAAUGCAGAUGUAGAAGCACGGUGGCUAGGAAAAACUCCCUAGAAAUGCAGGAACUUAGGAAGAAACCUAGAGAGGAACCAAGUUCUGAGGGGUGGCCAGUCCUCUUCUAGCUGUGCCGGGUGGAGUUUAUAAGAGUACAUGGUCAUUAAGGCCAGAUAGUUCUUCAAGAUCUUCAAACGUUCAUAGAUGACCUGCAGGGUCAAAUAAUAAUCACAGUGGUUGUGUGUGGGAAACUGCACAUGCUGUGUGAUGUUGAAACAAUCCAGGAGAGACAGGAACUUGGCAGCAAAGGCACAACUGUUGGAAGGACUUUAACCUUGAAGUCUGUUUGAUGGAUAACAGCAAGCCCCCCACCCCGACCAACAUAGCGAGGUUUUUGUAGUUACAAAUAGCCUGGUGGUGUAGCUUGAUUAAGCACCAUAAAGUCAUUUGACUGCUGCCAGGUUUCUUUUAAGCACAUCAUGUCAAUAUCUUUAUCCAUGAUAGCAUCAUAAACAAGCAGUGAUUUGUUAUUGAGAGAGUGAGUGUACUGUUCAGCAGAGCAAACUUACUGGUGUUCUGGGUAGUAGAGGAGGAAUUGACACCGGGGUGCUCAGUUAUGUAUUUGUUGUGGAGGCGAGCACUCGCUCAGAACAAGCGAAUCUUACAAUUCAGUCACUCGCUGUGUAGGUAUUUUCUGAGCGCGACCCUUUGGCAGUAGGCCCCCAGACGUACAAUACCCAGGUUGCGGAGCGCCCGUAGGGAAAACAGGGCAUUAAACCUGGCAGUUUGUAAAAAGCAAUCCUAAUACUCAGCAAGCAAGACUCAGCAGGCAACAAAAGGUAAAACUAUUAGCAAGAAAUCCUAUUAAGCAAAAAGCACAAUGAUCAACACUAGAUAGCAAACAAUAUCAACGUUUCAAGAGGAGAAGCGGCAGCCAUAGCGCACCUUGGUACUCACAACCCAGAACUUCUCAAAUUAAAGGGGAGUCCCAUGUAUUAUUACUAUAAUUUUUUCAAUGUUAAUUCAGUUUAGCUAUCAUUACUGCAGCAGUAGAGGUGGAAAAGUAAGGCAAGUAACUUGAGUACAUUUGUAGUUAUGUACCAGUUUAUAAGCCUGACAAGCGUGGCUACUAAGUUAGGGAAUUUGUUGCACCCUGACUCUCUUGCACAAUCAUUGCGUACACUCAUUCAAUGCUAUUGACGCCAAUGAAAUCCAUGAGUAAAUCAUUAGGAGGGAAUCAGUGAAUAAGCAGGGGCUGUUCCGGCUUCCAUGUAGGUGAGGGGGCUGAGGGGAAAAGAGAAGAAGAGAGACGAGAGAGAUUAGAGAGGAGAGACAAUGGCUCAAUGUUCUCUUCGGGAGAAUGUGUGCGUAGGAGACACAGAGCACAGCUGAGGAGCACCGGGAGGUCGGGAUGGUUAACUCUUCCUGUUUCUCCAAAAAGGCCCAGAAAACAGCCUCCAGGCUGCUUAACCCCACCUUUUAUUUAACCCCAUCCUCCCUUUCUCCUCCCCUGAUGUUGGCCAUAGAACUAGAAUCACUAGAAUAGACAUUCAAGUCAAGGUUCUAUAGUGGGUGAAAGAUCAUCACCGACCCUUCCCACCAGAUCCCAGUUCUAUGAUAUUGUCCACUUGGCCCAAUUUCUGAUGUUUGGUGUUUGACUCUAUGCUUGUUGUGCCACAGACUUGGACGAGUGCCGCUCUCAGCCCUGCCAUCCCCAGGCCACCUGCUCCAAUACUCUGGGCUCCUUCCAGUGCCAGUGUCAACACAAUUUCCAAGGAGACGGCUUCCAGUGUGUCCCUAGCAAUGGUGAUGCUCAUUAAAACUUAAAAGACUUCAUAGCAAACUAGAUUAGCUUUUGUGCCACACUGUCUCAUAUCGAAAUCUUACAUCAUGCACUAGGCCUAGAAGUUAGUGGCACUGUCUUCCAACAAGCUUUGAGUCACCAUAGAUAUGGGGUUUAGGCUAGGUGUACUGAACCUUGUGUCUUAGGUCUUGUUCUCCAUGUGUCUUGGUCCUCAGGGCAUCCGGAGCGCCCUAAGACACAGUGUGAGCAGCACAGAGACAGCCUGCUGGGUGGGUUGUCUCCCCGGGGGCCCCGGCCUGUUCCUGGGGGCCCUGCUCCGGGGGCCUUUGUCCCCCAGUGUGAUGAGCAGGGUCAGUACAGAGCCCUACAGUGCCACAGCUCCACAGGACACUGCUGGUGUGUGGACAAUAGGGGGCAGGAGAGAGCAGGGACCAGGACUUUGCCCAGAACUUCCCCCACCAACUGCGACGGACCAGGUGAGAGCUGCUCAGACACACAGCAUAUCACAUGCACACACACACUGAACACACUUUUCAAAGAGACAGCACUUGUUUUGCCAUUGUUUUCAAUGGUGUGGAGCACAUGUGCUUUUCACACAACGUGGACAAUAGUUCAACUUUUGUGUCGCCCCUCUCCGGUGACGAACCUCACAUUGAGGAAAAAAGGCGAUGUGGUCAGCGGGGAACACUGUGGUGUGGAGAGAAGAAGCUUAGGGCCUUUUUACUCCAAGGAAAAUUGUGAAGUAAGAUCUGCCUUACUUCAAUGUCAGAUUUGCUGUGUGUAAAAAGGCUCUUAGCAAUGUUCAGCCGCAUCGUAUGUCCCCAGUAUGAUUCAUAGUCAGUUUGUUGUGUUAAACUCUUAUGUUAUCCCAUCAAGUUUGUCUUUUGGUAAAACCUCAACUCUUCCGCAGUAGAUGCUUUUUCUGACCACCGUCUUUUGACUGUUGAUAUUUGUGACCGACCGUCUCGAUUCGGUGUUAUGUAGCAACAUUUUAAAUUGUGUUUUUUACAUUGGAUAAAAGUAGAGACAGAGCUAGAAAAUGGUAUAUCAUACACUACAGUUGAGGAACAAUGGGAAAGUAAAUCUGCUUUGAAAGUUGAUAAACUUGUAACCUCACUUUUGAGAGAAUGGCCCUUGAAUGUUUUGGUAAACCUACUGGAGAGCUCUUCUUUGUCUACACCCAUUCAGCAUCGUUCACACCCUCUUAAGCCUUAGCCCCACCCAUCUCUUUAAGGAUUCACAUGUGAGGCUAUGUACUAAACAACCAAAGAUUUCAAGACUAAAGGAUGGUUUAUACUACGUCUAUCGACAGUUGUCGCAGUGACAACAUUCUAUUGUUGUCCGACAUAAACUUGUCGUUGUCGUUAUGAAAAAGUAUAAACACAAAAACUACAGGCUGCAUGACAUUAGCAGCCUGGUGGUCCAAAAUAACACCAAUAAACCCACCAGUUUAAAAAUGAAUUUAGUAUAUGUCAAUCUAGCAAACCAUGGAACUAAAAGCAACUUUCUAAACAAUCUUUUGGUUUGUUUCUAGCUUGUUAGCUAGCUAGCUAAUGUUAAGUUAGCUGGCUAGCCAGUUAAAAUAAUGACCAUAUCAUAUAGUUGACAACGUCUUCACUUUAGCUAAUUUGUCUUCAUUAUUACAGGAAAAUAAAUGUACAACAAGAUCAUUAUUUACAAGUUAAUUAGCGAGCCAAUUAUAGAAAAUAGCUUACGGUUGUGAGUGUGACAAAAUAAAAGCAGGGCAUUCUACCUGAGAAUUUUAGAACUUGCACACUGUCUCGUUGGCCUAACGUUAUAUCCUAAUUUGACUUUGGUGCAGGUCAUGUUCUUCACAUUACUGUCUCUGGUAAACACAUAAUAUAUCAAAUAAAAUCAAAGUUUAUUUGUUACAUGCACAGAAUACAGAAGGUGAAGUAAAAUGGUUACUUGCAUAGUGGAGUCUUCUGUUGCAUUCCACUGAUUUCAAAACUCGGUCCUCCAGAAAGUGGAGAGCAACACUUUUGGAGUUCUACUACGUGAUAUCUUUAAAAAAAGCAGCAUUAGAAAGGAUUACUUAACAUAUACUGACCAGCUCAUGUAAUAGACAGAAGCGUGCUACAUGGCAGACCAAUCCAAACUCAUCUCUCGACAUGUCCAGCCCAUCCAUUUCCUCAACCAAUCAUGGCUAGCGGGAAGGUUCCUAUCUUUUUCCGUGGCUAAACCAACUAGGCUCGUACUUUAACAAUUGUAUUUGUAUUUACAGAUGGCAUACAAGUUUGUUAUUAAGGCACAUGAAAGUUCACAUGUUCCAGAAGGCAUUUCUGCCAAAAAACGCAUUUUGAUAUAAAAAAAGUUACGUUCAAAUGCCUCUCCUGUGAAGUAGUGACGCGCGACAUACGCCUAGUUUCCUGAAACUAGUCACAUUUAGUCUUUGGCGAAACCUUUUGACAUAUUAAUCUAGACACUCUUACAUUCUAUUGUAAUCCUACAUAUUAAAACCAUCCAGCGACGGUCUCCCUCUCUUUUCAACCUCCAAUGCGAUGUGUCCACAUUGUCUGGAAGUGCUUAUUUGUCUGAGAGAAGUAGUUAUUGCCUCAAACAGACUAUACCAGUGGUACUAACUUCCAGAUGCCACGACAGAUUCAACACAGCUUUUGAACGACUUGAGAAAAUAAAGAAGAAAUAUGUUUUUUUGUUUGACCCUGAGAGGGAAGUGUGGAUGGGACCACUCACCAGAUGGUUUUUUUAUACACAAAGCUGUCAGGGAGAGAGAGAGGGGAGAGAGGGCGAGAGGCCUCCGUGUCAAGGAUACACCAGUUAAGUGUUGACACCCCCUAGAAACUGGUUUUUCAAAAGGACGAGUGAUGUCGAGGAAUUUCUCUCUCCUCUCUCUUGGCAGAUGGUGUUCCCUACUGGAAUUCAUGUUAUAUCUACACUUGCUUUAAAGCCACAAUGUAUUAGAUUUCCGAUGGCUCAUUGGUGAUUUCAACUAAUGUAAUAUCCCCAUUUAUUUUUGAAGAAUAUGGCUUGUACUUUAAAGGUAGACUCAGCAAUGCUCAAAGUAAACAGCAAUAUUGGGCUGAUUUCCAAACUGGAUAACUUUUUUCAAAAAAAAAUUAGGAAACUGAUCGCCUCAAAGAAAUUAAGUUAAGAAACUUAAAUAGCUGAAGUGAGCAGUACUAGUAUUUUGAUUUCUCUAUACAUAAAAAACACUAGUUAAAUUAAAUCUAUAUGGUGAAGUGAACACGACAAUCUUUUUUAAGUCAAAGUCACUUAAUAAGUAUACGUUGCAGUACUUGAAACGUUUGAGUUCACUAAAGUCCACCUUACUUAGAAACUAUAAUUUACCAUUACUCAAAUAUAACUAAGUUUACAAAAACAAAUGUGGGAAACUGAUUACAUCAAUUUGAUCAAUUAGCCUUAACUCAAAUAUAAAUCAGUAAACAUAUAAACGUUAGUUAACUACACUCAAAUAGCAAAAGUUCAGAAGCGUUCUGAGUCGCUAGAGCACAAUGGGACAAGGACAUCCCGGCCGGCCAAACCCUCCCCUAACCCGGACGAUGCUGGGCCAAUUGUGCGUCGCCUCAUGGGUCUCCCGGUCGCGGCCGGCUGCGACACAGCCCGGGAUCGAACCUGGAUCUGUAGUGACACCUCAAGCACUGCAGUGCCUUAGACCGCUGCGCAACUCAGGAGGCCAUUAAUUGUAAUUUCUGUUGGGAUCCAGCCAGAGUUAAGAUAUCCAACAGUUGAAAUGUGUAUUCACCCGCAACCUGCAUUCAUAAUGACUGCCAGCGUUAGGAACAGUGGGAGUAGACUACCUAAGCCAUUUAAACUGGAACAACCAUUUCAGUAACGGAUGCAAAAAUUCAAAUUAAAUGAUUGGAUUAGUUUAGAAAAAUAUAUGUUAUAUACACUGCUCAAAAAAAUUAAGGGAACACUAAAAUAACACAUCCUAGAUCUGAAUGAAUGAAAUAAUCUUAUUAAAUACUUUUUUCUUUACAUAGUUGAAUGUGCUGACAACAAAAUCACACAAAAAUUAUCAAUGGAAAUCAAAUGUAUCAACCCAUGGAGGUCUGGAUUUGGAGUCACCCUCAAAAUUAAAGUGGAAAACCACACUACAGGCUGAUCCAACUUUGAUGUAAUGUCCUUAAAACAAGUCAAAAUGAGGCUCAGUAGUGUGUGUGGCCUCCACGUGCCUGUAUGACCUCCCUACAACGCCUGGGCAUGCUCCUGAUGAGGUGGCGGAUGGUCUCCUGAGGGAUCUCCUCCCAGACCUGGACUAAAGCAUCCGGCAACUCCUGGACAGUCUGUGGUGCAACGUGGCGUUGGUGGAUGGAGCGAGACAUGAUGUCCCAGAUGUGCUCAAUUGGAUUCAGGUCUGGGGAACGGGCGGGCCAGUCCAUAGCAUCAAUGCCUUCCUCUUGCAGGAACUGCUGACACACUCCAGCCACAUGAGGUCUAGCAUUGUCUUGCAUUAGGAGGAACCCAGGGCCAACCGCACCAGCAUAUGGUCUCACAAGGGGUCUGAGGAUCUCAUCUCGGUACCUAAUGGCAGUCAGGCUACCUCUGGCGAGCACAUGGAGGGCUGUGCGGCCUCCCAAAGAAAUGCCACCCCACACCAUGACUGACCCACCGCCAAACCGGUCAUGCUGGAGGAUGUUGCAGGCAGCAGUGUAUAUUUUUGUAGCAGAAGAUUAAUCAAUCAAUCACAAUGUACAUGCAUAAACACAGAUAUUAAAAACAAUUCAAAAAAUCUACAUGCAGUAGAGCAUGCUUAGGAAAAAAGUUAAUUUGUUAUCAUAACUUUAAAAAAAUAAAGUUGGUGUGACUUCUCAUUUAGUUUUGAGUCAGUACCACAUAAACAUUUUAAGUAAUAAUGACUUUUCAUUGACUUUAAAUUCAACUUACUAGAAGUAUUUGAGUUGGCACAACAACUAAGAGCAUUGUGUCUGUGUAUGUGUGUGUGUCUGAGCACCCUUUAUUAACCCCUUACCUGUCUCUACAGAUCGCCCUGAGAGGCCUAAGACUCAUUGUGAACACCACAGAGACAGUGUCCAGACGACCAGUCCUGAGGGGUACCCUAUCCUGGAGGUCUUUGUGCCUCAGUGCGAUGAGCAGGGUCAAUACAGAGCCCUGCAGUGCCACGGUUCUACAGGACACUGCUGGUGUGUGGACAACAGGGGGCAGGAGAGGGCAGGGACCAGGAAACCACCCGGUACUGGCCAGCCUAACUGUGACGAAACAGGUAGGAGUUUUAACUUUAAUGCCCCCCUCUACUGAUCUGUAUGUGUCUUGCACAGGGGCACACUUUUGAUGGCCUUACAGGAGUAGCAUCCCACACUGACACCAACGCAGCAAAUUCAGGGAGAAGUCCGACUGGGACUCAAACUCAUGUCAGUCCGAUACCUAAGAUAUUACACUAAGUGGCCCUUCCUUGAGCCUUUUUGCUUUGUUAUAAUUAACUGUGGCAUGUAGAGUGUAGAUUUCUGGAAAAUCAUGAGCCAAAAAACUGCAAAUCCCUAUCUCCACCAGCCUUCCCAUAGACAUUAGCGAAUGUUACUACAUUUACUAGCGGUAGCUAGCUGACAAGCUAACUGAAGCUAGCUAGCUUGGUAAGAAGCACUGGAUUUUGACUGGUCGCUGAACACAAGUUGUGGAUCUUUUAAUAGCUAGCUAACUAAGUUGCCAUUUGGGCGAAGUAAAAUGUUCUCCCUUUUCUCUUUUCAAUUUUACCUGGCCAGUUAGCUUGUUGGCUAGCUCCGGUUAACGCAUCUGUGCUAGCUUUUGCACUAGCUACCAAAGACAAUAGCUAGCAUGCUACCACAUGUAGUAAACAAUAAUAAAGCAAACACCUUGACUCAAGGCGUGAGCAUAAACAUUUACUACCAGAAUUAAAUGUAUAAUCCAUUGCUUUGACAUAUUAGAACAUUUGAGGAAAUUUUGUUUUACCAAGUUAGUAUUUUGUACCGGAAAUAACACCACAACCAAUUUUUUGCAAGGUAUGAUUGGAUUGAUCAGUUACCUGGUUUAACCCCUUACCUGUCUCUACAGAUCGUCCUGAGAGGCCCAAGACUCAAUGUGAGCAGUAUAAAGACCGUGUCCAGACAACCAGUCCUGAGGGGUACCCUAUCCUGGGGGUGUUUGUGCCUGAGUGCGAUGAGCAGGGUCAAUACAGAGCCCUGCAGUGCCACGGUUCUACAGGACACUGCUGGUGUGUGGACAGCAGGGGGCAGGAGAGAGCAGGGACCAGGAAACCACCUGGUACUGGCCAGCCUAAUUGUGAUGAAACAGGUAGGAGUUUUAACUUUAAUGCCCCCCUCUACUGAUCUGUAUGUGUCUUGCACAGGGACACACUUUUGAUGGCCUUACAGGAGUAGCAUCCCACACUGACACCAACGCAGCAAAUUCAGGGAGAAGUCCGACUGGGACUCAAACUCAUGUCAGUCCGAUACCUAAGAUAUUACACUAAGUGGCCCUUCCUUGAGCCUUUUUGCUUUGUUAUAAUUAACUGUGGCAUGUAGAGUGUAGAUUUCUGGAAAAUCAUGAGCCAAAAAACUGCAAAUCCCUAUCUCCACUAGCCUUCCCAUAGACAUUAGCGAAUGUUACUACAUCUACUAGCGGUAGCUAGAUGACAAGCUAACUGAAGCUAGCUAGCUUGGUAAGGAGCACUGGAUUUUGACUGGUCGCUGAACACAAGUUGUGGAUCUUUUAAUAGCUAGCUAACUAAGUUGCCAUUUGGGCGAAGUAAAAAGUUAUCCCUUUUCUCUUUUCAAUUUUACCUGGCCAGUUAGCUUGUUGGCUAGCUCCGGUUAACGCAUUUGUACUAACCUUUGCACUAGCUACCAAAGACAAUAGCUAGCAUGCUACCACAUGUAGUAAACAAUAAUAAAGCAAACACCUUGACUCAAGGCGUAAGCAUAAACAUUUACUACCAGAAUUAAAUGUAUAAUCCAUUGCUUUGACAUAUUAGAACAUUUGAGGAAAUUUCGUUUUACCAAGUUAGUAUUUUGUACCGGAAAUACCACCACAACCAAUUUUUUGCAAGGUAUGAUUGGAUUGAUCAGUUACCUGGUUUAACCCCUUACCUGUCUCUACAGAUCGUCCUGAGAGGCCCAAGACUCAAUGUGAGCAGUAUAAAGACCGUGUCCAGACAACCAGUCCUGAGGGGUACCCUAUCGUGGGGGUGUUUGUGCCUGAGUGCGAUGAGCAGGGUCAAUACAGAGCCCUGCAGUGCCACGGUUCUACAGGACACUGCUGGUGUGUGGACAGCAGGGGGCAGGAGAGAGCAGGGACCAGGAAACCACCCGGUACUGGCCAGCCUAAUUGUGACGAAACAGGUAGGAGUUUUAACUUUAAUGCCCCCCUCUACUGAUCUGUAUGUGUCUUGCACAGGGACACACUUUUGAUGGCCUUACAGGAGUAGCAUCCCACACUGACACCAACGCAGAAAAUUCAGGGAGAAGUCCGACUGGGACUCAAACUCAUGUCAGUCCGAUACCGAAGAUAUUACACUAAGAUGCCCUUCCUUGAGCCUUUUUGCUUUGUUAUAAUUAACUGUGGCAUGUAGAGUGUAGAUUUCUGGAAAAUCAUGAGCCAAAAAACUGUAAAUCCCUAUCUCCACUAGCCUUCCCAUAGACACUAGCGAAUGUUACUACAUUUACUAGCGGUAGCUAGCUGACAAGCUAACUGAAGCUAGCUAGCUUGGUAAGGAGCACUGGAUUUUGACUGGUCGCUGAACACAAGUUGUGGAUCUUUUAAUAGCUAGCUAACUAAGUUGCUAUUUGGGCGAAGUAAAAUGUUCUCCCUUUUCUCUUUUCAAUUUUACCUGGCCAGUUAGCUUGUUGGCUAGCGCCGGUUAACGCAUCUGUGCUAGCUUUUGCACUAGCUACCAAAGACAAUAGCUAGCAUGCUACCACAUGUAGUAAACAAUAAUAAAGCAAACACCUUGACUCAAGGCGUGAGCAUAAAUAUUUACUACCAGAAUUAAAUGUAUAUUCCAUUGCUUUGACAUAUUAGAACAUUUGAGGAAAUUUCGUUUUACCAAGUUAGUAUUUUGUACCGGAAAUACCACCACAACCAAUUUUUUGCAAGGUAUGAUUGGAUUGAUCAGUUACCUGGUUUAACCCCUUACCUGUCUCUACAGAUCGUCCUGAGAGGCCCAAGACUCAUUGUGAGCAGUAUAAAGACCGUGUCCAGACAACCAGUCCUGAGGGGUACCCUAUCGUGGGGGUGUUUGUGCCUGAGUGCGAUGAGCAGGGUCAAUACAGAGCCCUGCAGUGCCACAGUUCUACAGGACACUGCUGGUGUGUGGACAGCAGGGGGCAGGAGAGAGCAGGGACCAGGAAACCACCCGGUACUAGCCAGCCUAAUUGUGACGAAACAGGUAGGAGUUUUAACUUUAAUGCCCCCCUCUACUGAUCUGUAUGUGUCUUGCACAGGGACACACUUUUGAUGGCCUUACAGGAGUAGCAUCCCACACUGACACCAACGCAGCAAAUUCAGGGAGAAGUCCGACUGGGACUCAAACUCAUGUCAGUCCGAUACCUAAGAUAUUACACUAAGUGGCCCUUCCUUGAGCCUUUUUGCUUUGUUAUAAUUAACUGUGGCAUGUAGAGUGUAGAUUUCUGGAAAAUCAUGAGCCAAAAAACUGCAAAUCCCUAUCUCCACUAGCCUUCCCAUAGACAUUAGCGAAUGUUACUACAUUUACUAGCGGUAGCUAGCUGACAAGCUAACUGAAGCUAGCUAGCUUGGUAAGGAGCACUGGAUUUUGACUGGUCGCUGAACACAAGUUGUGGAUCUUUUAAUAGGUAGCUAACUAAGUUGCCAUUUGGGCGAAGUAAAAAGUUCUCCCUUUUCUCUUUUCAAUUUUACCUGGCCAGUUAGCUUGUUGGCUAGCUCCGGUUAACGCAUCUGUGCUAGCUUUUGCACUAGCUACCAAAGACAAUAGCUAGCAUGCUACCACAUGUAGUAAACAAUAAUAAAGCAAACACCUUGACUCAAGGCAUAAGCAUAAACAUUUACUACCAGAAUUAAAUGUAUAAUCCAUUGCUUUGACAUAUUAGAACAUUUGAGGAAAUUUCGUUUUACCAAGUUAGUAUUUUGUACCGGAAAUACCACCACAACCAAUUUUUUGCAAGGUAUGAUUGGAUUGAUCAGUUACCUGGUUUAACCCCUUACCUGUCUCUACAGAUCGUCCUGAGAGGCCCAAGACUCAAUGUGAGCAGUAUAAAGACCGUGUCCAGACAACCAGUCCUGAGGGGUACCCUAUCCUGGGGGUGUUUGUGCCUGAGUGCGAUGAGCAGGGUCAAUACAGAGCCCUGCAGUGCCACAGUUCUACAGGACACUGCUGGUGUGUGGACAGCAGGGGGCAGGAGAGAGCAGGGACCAGGAAACCACCCGGUACUAGCCAGCCUAACUGUAAUGAACCAGGUGAGUUUAAUGCUAAACACAUUACGGAUAAUAACAGUAAUAUCCAUGUUGUAUCUGUAAAAUUCCGAAUAACUAACUAUAACCAGUGAGCAAAACUGGUUACAAUAAAUUGACGUCUUUUAUGAUGUCAUGGUUAGGUUGUAUACUGGUUGUAAUCUGGUAAUAACAACCAAAAGAUGUCUUGAUGUUGUCAUGAAAUAGCCAUCUUUACCUGGACAUAACAGAGUCCAGUUGGUUGUAAUGUGGUUACAUUGAGGGAAAAAAGUAUUUGAUCCCCUGCUGAUUUUGUACGUUUGCCCACUGACAAAGAAAUGAUCAGUCUAUAAUUUUAAUGGUAGGUUUAUUUGAACAGUGAGAGACAGAAUAACAACAAAAAAUACAGUAAAACGCAUGUCAAAAAUGUUAUAAAUUGAUUUGCAUUUCAAUGAGGGAAAUAAGUAUUUGACCCCCUCUCAAUCAGAAAGAUUUCUGGCCUCCAGGUGUCUUUUAUACAGGUAACGAGCUGAGAUAGGGAGUGCUCCUAAUCUCAGCUUGUUACCUAUAUAAAAUACACCUGUCAACAGAAGCAAUCAAUCAAUCAGAUUCCAAACUCUCCACCAUGGCCAAGACCAAAGAGCUCUCCAAGGAUGUCAGGGACAAGAUUGUAGACCUACACAAGGCUGGAAUGGGCUACAAGACCAUCGCCAAGCAGCUUGGUGAGAAGGUGACAACAGUUGGUGCGAUUAUUCGCAAAUGGAAGAAACACAAAAGAACUGUCAAUCUCCCUCGGCCUGGGGCUCCAUGCAAGAUCUCACCUCGUGGAGUUGCAAUGAUCAUGAGAAGGGUGAGGAAUCAGCCCAGAACUACACGGGAGGAUCUUGUCAAUGAUCUCAAGGCAGCUGGGACCAUAGUCACCAAGAAAACAAUUGGUAACACACUACGCCGUGAAGGAUAGAAAUCCUGCAGCGCCCGCAAGGUCCCCCUGCUCAAAAAAGCACAUAUACAGGGCUGUCUGAAGUUUGCCAAUGAACAUCUGAAUGAUUCAGAGGAGAACUGGGUGAAAGUGUUGUGGUCAGAUGAGACCAAAAUCGAGCUCUUUGGCAUCAACUCAACUCGCCGUGUUUGGAGGAGGAGGAAUGCUGCCUAUGACCCCAAGAACACCAUCCCCACCGUCAACCAUGGAGGUGUAAACAUUAUGCUUUGGGGGUGUUUUUCUGCUAAGGGGACAGGACAACUUCACCGCAUCAAAGGGACGAUGGACGGGGCCAUGUACCGUCAAAUCUUGGGUGAGAACCUCCUUCCCUCAGCCAGGGCAUUGAAAAUGGGUCGUGGAUGGGUAUUUCAGCAUGACAAUGACCCAAAACACACGGCCAAGUGGCCUAGCCAGUCUCCAGACCUUAAUUCCAUAGAAAAUAUGUGGAGGGAGCUGAAGGUUCGAGUUGACAAACGUCAGCCUCGAAACCUUAAUGACUUGGAGAAGAUCUGCAAAGAGGAGUGGGAAAAGAUCCCUCCUGAGAUAUGUGCAAACCUGGUGGCCAACUACAAGAAACGUCUGACCUCUGUGAUUGCCAACAAGGGUUUUGCCACCAAGUACUAAGUCAUGUUUUGCAGAGGGGUCAGAUACUUAUUUCCCUCAUUCAAAUGCAAAUCAAUUUAUAACAUUUUUGACAUGCGUUUUUCUGGAUUUUGUUGUUGUUAUUCUGUUUCUCACUGUUCAAAUAAACCUAACAUUAAAAUUAUAGACUGAUCAUGUCUUUGUCAGUGGGCAAACAUACAAAAUCAGCAGGGGAUCAAAUACUUUUUUCCCUCACUCUAUAUGACGUUGUGUCAAUCAGAAAAACAAUUUACACCAGACAAUGACGUCAUUAAGAUGGCAUGUGCCUAAUUUUUCCCACUCAAGUAAAUAUUUUCACAUUCUGGCCAGGCAAUUGCAAGCAUGUGAGUUUAAGCUAGUAGAGUUACAACUGUCAAUAACCCCUUACCUGCCUCUACAGAUCACCCUGAGAGGCCCAAGACUCAUUGUGAACACCAGAGAGACAGUCUGCAGACAACCAGUCCUGAGGGGAACGUUGGUGGGGCCUUUGUACCCCAGUGUGAUGAACAGGGCCAGUACAGAGCCCUGCAGUGCCACGGUUCUACAGGACACUGCUGGUGUGUGGACAGCAGGGGGCAGGAGAGGGCAGGGACCAGGAAACCACCCGGUACUUCGCAACCUAACUGUGACGAACCAGGUGAGAGGAGUUUACGUGCAUAUAUUUGACGUACACACAACACACCUGUAUACACUAAUACACAUGCAUAAACACCACCAAUUGCAAGAGCACACACACACACACACACACACACCUGGAGGUUCAUGCUGCAAUGCAAUCCACCUCAUGUGGCCAGCUCAGACACACUUAAAUAUUUUCUCUAGGUUUAGAAUUAAAGCCAGGCAGCAGACACUGUUGCUAUGUAAUACAGCUAAACAAAAUGGGAUCGUAUAAAGAUUAGGCACCAAUAAUGUGUUACGCCCUGUAAAGCCCCAGCUCAGCUCCUCAUUGCAUAUGAGUAAUCACUUUCAUUUGAACCGAGUAAAUGGUGCCAAGUCACGCAGUCGGGUCUAUAUUUUUAGGUGAUCAUAUGUUAGGCGGAGGAGGUAGGUCAGUGAUGUGGUUCGCCCAUGGUUUUCCUGCCGAAACACCCUGCGUCUUCUACACUGUGCCCAAUGUAUGCUCUUCUCUCCCACGUCACAAAAAACAUACUUUUUGUGUCCGUGUAGGACUCUUGAGUUGGAAAAAAAUAGAACUUUCGGUUUGUUGUUGUUUUUAACAGUUUCAGAGAUAUAUAUUAUUUUUGGACUUGGCCGUUUAACCUAAAGUGGUAUGUUUUAAGUGCACCUGAAAGCAUGUUAUCAAGUUGGAUUUGAUAAAGUAAACACUUGAAAAUUCAUAAGAAUGUAUACGUGGGUAGGUGACAAGGGAGGGGGUGAGUGUGUGUGUGCGUGCGUGCGAGCGUGUGUACAGGUGUGCUUGUGUGUGAAAGAGACUGAUGUGUGUGUAAGGGGUCGGACAUACCACGCUGGAGUGUGUGUUUGUCCACAGCCAUUGGACGGCCCUUAAAAGUGCAAUGGGGGAUUUCUACCAGAGUCAUAUAACGUUUCACAGUCUAAAUGUACGCAUUACUCAUGAAGCACUACGCUUGACUCUGGCUAUUAACACAUUCCUGGAGAAUUAACCCCUGACCACAGUUGUUUAUAAUAUUGUCUCGUCUUCAAAGACCGACUUGUCACAAUGUGAGCUAGGUAGGUUAGUAAUACAGCAUGCAUUUUCAAACAUAGGCCUAGAUUCAAUAAGAUCAAGCAUUAACCGGCGAUAGCAGACACCCGCAUAGCAGAUGAUUUGGCAUGUCGGAGGUGGAACUGCGUUGGUGAGCAGCUGCUCUUUAGAUCAUUGUCACGAAGCCACAUGCGUUAGAAGUUCAGAAUGAGAAAGUGUAGGAUAUAUAGAAAUAAUUAUGCUCAAAUUGAAAAAUAAUUUAGACAAAAUAAUGAGGUGUUCCACGUCGAUAGCGCCAACACAACCGCUAUGCAGUGUUGGCUAAAGCGGAUCUGAUUGAAUCGAGCCCAUAGUCUUUAGAGCUCACAUUGCGUCAAACUUUAGUCUGUUUUUCUUAUUAGUUCGCUUUUCCUUGUCAGGAAAAUUUAGAUUUUGAAGUGGAACUGUUGACUGUGCAUGCAGUUGGAUUUACUGCAAGUGUUGAAGAUAACACAUUGGAACUCGGGCAUAACAGCUUACUUAGUCAUAGAAAGGACCAUGUGAAAGAAGAGUGUACGAACCAUCCACAUACUUUGAAACUUUGGUCAUCAUUCGAUGAUCAAUUGGUGUCCCGACGUGAUGAUUUGAUGAUCGACAUUUUAGUAAUUUAGCAGUAGUGAGUUCAUACAUUCUCAGACUGGUCCCCCGUGGGAAUCAAACCCACAACCCUGGCGUUUCAAGCGCCAUGCUCUACCAACUGAGCCACACGGUACCCUUGGUGCAGGAGGACAGAACGAAUUACUUUCAGUGACACUUUAUUUGGCUCGUCCCCUAUAGAUGAUCUAUAGAUGCUCACACUAUCAACAAACUAUCAACUGCAACUCUGUUGAUAUGCAACCGUUUGCCAGGGUUACAGUUAGGUUUAAGGUUAGGGUAAAGGUUAAGAUUAGGGUUAGAGUUAGGGUUAAGUUUAGGUUAAGGUUAGGGUUUGUAGUAGUUAGUUAGUUGAAAUGUUGCUGACAGUUAGUUGAACAUCUACUGAACAUCUAUAAACCAUCUAUUUGGGCUUAUCCAAAUAAAGUGAAUUCAUUCAAUACAAAAAUACCUGAGUUUCUCCUAGCCCUACUUACUGUACAUGACCCAUGUGCCCUCUCCCUCUGUCCCCCUCUCUCCCUCAGCGGUAGUGCCCCCUACCCAGCGGCCGGAGACGGUGUGCGAGCGUUGGCGGGCCAGCCUGGUGGAUCACUACGGGGGCAAGCCCGAGCCUCACCACUACCUGCCCCAGUGCGACCCCCAGGGUCAGUUCAACCCCAUCCAGUGCUAUGGCGACAGCAGCUACUGCUGGUGUGUGGACCGGGACGGCCGCGAGGUGGCCGGGACGCGCUCGCACGACGUGGUCAAGCCUGCCUGUGAGUAACGUUACAUCUUUUCACAUUUUCAAAUUUGUAGGAUUAAAUGUUGAAUGCUAAUCUGUGACAUGUAUCUUAAACUGGAUAAACAUUUGUUGAUGUGAAUUUGAGGUUUGGGAUGAACAUUUGAAUUAUGAUAAUGUGAGGUAUCAUUUAGUUAGUUAGUUAGUUAUCUACACAGGUAGGUUAAUUAACAACUUCUAAUACAGUACCAUCUGUCAAUGUUUUAUCCUGACUUUCUUCCUUCUUCUCACCCACCCCCCUCCAGGUAUCCCCACUGUAGCCCCUCCCACCAUGCACCCUCUGCCUCGCCCUGAUGUGACCCCGCCCCCCUCAGGCACCUCCCUCCUGUACGCCCAGGGACAGCAGAUUGGAGCACUGCCUCUCAAUGGCACACUCAUGGACUCGGAACGCUCCUCUACACUACUGGCUCUGCAUGUAAGGAAGAACAAUAGGCCACUCCAUACUAGUCCUUACAAGAGCUUAAUCUAGAGUUUGUAAUAUUGAACAGCUAGGAAUAUCUCAUUGUAUGUCAGCCAUUCACAAUUUCUGUGUUCUUUCUAGGCCUUAAGUGAAGUUCACGGCACUCACCACUGUAGAUUCAUAUGGUUUUGUGUCACUGUGUUGAACUGGUAGAUUGUAAGUCUAAGUGUAUAAAAGUAUGUGUGUCUCCACAGGGCUCCAUUGUGGUGGGCAUCGACUAUGACUGCAGGGAGAAGAAGGUGUACUGGACCGACCUGGCAGGCAGGACCAUCAACAGAGCCAAACUGGAGCCUGGGGCCGAUCCUGAGACUCUCAUCAACACAGGUAUACUCACACCAGGGUUUCCAUUAUGAAAAUGUGGCACCGGACAUUUUGCAUUAUUAUUUUGGCUAAUAAUAUAACUCAAUCACUGUUUGCAAAAAAGACUGUUCAAUGCAUGGCUGAGCACGUAUAGCGUAGAGGCCUGGGCUAUAGGCUAUAUCAGAUACGUUUCUUCUUUCAUUGCACGGGAAAAACACAUUUCAUGCAAUUCUACUACACUUUACAGUGGGGAAAAAAAGUAUUUAGUCAGCCACCAAUUGUGAAAGUUCUCUCACUUAAAAAGAUGAGAGAGGCCUGUAAUUUUCAUCAUAGGUACACGUCAACUAUGACAGACAAAAUGAGGAAAAAAAAUCCAGAAAAUCACAUUGUAGGAUUUUUAAUGAAUUUAUUUGCAAAUUAUGGUGGAAAAUAAGUAUUUGGUCAAUAACAAAAGUUUCUCAAUACUUUGUUAUAUACCCUUUGUUGGCAAUGACACAGGUCAAACGUUUUCUGUAAGUCUUCACAAGGUUUUCACACACUGUUUCUGGUAUUUUGGCCCAUUCCUCCAUGCAGAUCUCCUCUAGAGCAGUGAUGUUUUGGGGCUGUCGCUGGGCAACACGGACUUUUAACUCCCUCCAAAGAUGUUCUAUGGGGUUGAGAUCUGGAGACUGGCUAGGCCACUCCAGGACCUUGAAAUGCUUCUUACGAAGCCACUCCUUCAUUGCCCGGGCGGUGUGUUUGGGAUCAUUGUCAUGCUGAAAGACCCAGCCACGUUUCAUCUUCAAUGCCCUUGCUGAUGGAAGGAGGUUUUCACUCAAAAUCUCACGAUACAUGACCCCAUUCAUUCUUUCCUUUACACGGAUCAGUCGUCCUGGUCCCUUUGCAGAAAAACAGCCCCAAAGCAUGAUGUUUCCACCCCCAUGCUUCACAGUAGGUAUGGUGUUCUUUGGAUGCAACUCAGCAUUCUUUGUCCUCCAAACACGACGAGUUGAGUUUUUACCAAAAAGUUCUAUUUUGGUUUCAUCUGACCAUAUGACAUUCUCCCAAUCCUCUUCUGGAUCAUCCAAAUGCACUCUAGCAAACUUCAGACGGGCCUGGACAUGUACUGGCUUAAGCAAGGGGACACGUCUGGCACUGCAGGAUUUGAGUCCCUGGCGGCGUAGUGUGUUACUCAUGGUAGGCUUUGUUACUUUGGUCCCAGCUCUCUGCAGGUCAUUCACUAGGUCCCCCCGUGUGGUUCUGGGAUUUUUGCUCACCGUUCUUGUGAUCAUUUUGACCCCACGGGGUGAGAUCUUGCGUGGAGCCCCAGAUCGAGGGAGAUUAUCAGUGGUCUUGUAUGUCUUCCAUUUCCUAAUAAUUGCUCCCACAGUUGAUUUCUUCAAACCAAGCUGCUUACCUAUUGCAGAUUCAGUCUUCCCAGCCUAGUGCAGGUCUACAAAUUUGUUUCUGGUGUCAUUUGACAGCUCUUUGGUCUUGGCCAUAGUGGAGUUUGGAGUGUGACUGUUUGAGGUUGUGGACAGGUGUCUUUUAUACUGAUAACAAGUUCAAACAGGUGCCAUUAAUACAGGUAACGAGUGGAGGACAGAGGAGCCUCUUAAAGAAGAAGUUACAGGUCUGUGAGAGCCAGAAAUAUUGCUUGUUUGUAGGUGACCACCAUAAUUUGCAAAUACAUUCAUUAAAAAUCCUACAAUGUGAUUUUCUGGAGAAAAAAAUUCUCAAUUUGUCUGUCAUAGUUGACGUGUACCUAUGAUGAAAAUUACGGGCCUCUCUUAUCUUUUUAAGUGGGAAAACUUGCACAAUUGGUGGCUGACUAAAUACUUUUUUCCCCCACUGUAUAUGACUGGAGACAUUAGCAGAAUCUUUUUUAAUAUGAAAAAUUAGAGCGAUCAAUAAAAACGACGUUGUCCAUAUAAUAGGUAUAUGAGAAGGGGAGACACAAAUAAUAUAUGACAUCCAUGUAAACUGUAGGAACAAAUGAUUGUCGAAAAACUAACUUUUAAGUGGCACUGACCCAACAAUGAUAAAGAGUGAAUAUGUGCAAUGCGCACUCACCGGAGAUACAGUGAGGGAAAAAAGUAUUUAAUCCCCUGCUGAUUGUGUAUGUUUGCCCACUGACAAAGACAUAAUCAGUCUAUAAUUUUAAUGGUAGGUUUAUUUGAACAGUGAGAGACAGAAUAACAACAACAAAAUCCUGAAAAACGCAUGUCAAAAAUUUUAUGAAUUGAUUUGCAUUUUAAUGAGGGAAAUAAGUAUUUGACCCCUCUGCAAAACAUGAUUUAGUACUUGGUGUGAAAACCCUUGUUGGCAAUCACAGAGGUCAGACGUUUCUUGUAGUUGGCCACCAGGUUUGCACACAUCUCAGGAGGGAUUUUGUCCCACUCCUCUUUGCAGAUCUUUUCCAAGUCAUUAAGGUUUCGAGGCUGACGUUUGGCAACUCAAUCCUUCAGCUCCCUCCACAGAUUUUCUAUGGGAUUAAGGUCUGGAGACUGACUAGGCCACUCCAGGACCUUAAUGUGCUUCUUGUUGAGCCUCUCCUUUGUUGCCUUGGCCGUGUGUUUUGGGUCAUUGUCAUGCUGGAAUACCCAUCCACGACCCAUUUUCAAUGCCCUGGCUGAGGGAAGGAGGUUCUCACCCAAGAUUUGACGGUACAUGGCCUCGUCCAUCGUCCCUUUGAUGCAGUGAAGUUGUCCUGUCCCCUUAGCCGAAAAACACCCCCAAAGCAUAAUGUUUCCACCUCCAUGUUUGAUGGUGGGGAUGGUGUUCUUGGGGUCAUAGGCAGCAUUCUUCCUCCUCCAAACACGGCGAGUUGAGUUGAUGCCAAAGAGCUCGAUUUUGGUCUCAUCUGACCACAACACUUUCACCCAGUUCUCCUCUGAAUCAUUCAGAUGUUCAUUGGCAAACUUCAGAUGGGCUUGUAUAUGUGCUUUCUUGAGCAGGGGGACCUUGCGGGCGCUGGAGGCUUUCAGUCCUUCAUGGCGUAGUGUGUUACCAAUUGUUUUUCUUGGUGACUAUGGUCCCAGCUGCCUUGAGAUCAUUGACAAGAUCCUCCCGUGUAGUUCUGGGCUGAUUCCUCACCGUUCUCAUGAUCAUUGCAACUCCACGAGGUGAGAUCUUGCAUGGAGCCCCAGGCCGAGGGAGAUUGACAGUGCUUUUGUGUUUCUUCCAUUUGCGAAUAAUCGCACCAACUGUUGUCACCUUCUCACCAAGCUGCUUGGCGAUGGUUUUGUAGCCCAUUCCAGCCUUGUGUAGGUCUACAAUCUUGUCCCUGACAUCCUUGGAGAGCUCUUUGGUCUUGGCCAUGAUGGAGAGUUUGGAAUCUGAUUGAUUGCUUCUGUGGAUAGGUGUCUUUUAUACAGGUAACAAAAUAAGAUUAGGAGAUUAGGAGCACUCCCUUUAAGAGUGUGCUCCUAAUCUCAGCUCGUUACCUGUAUAAAAGACACUUGGGAGCCAGACAUCUUUCUGAUUGAGAGGGUGUAAAAUACUUAUUUCCCUCAUUAAAAUGCAAAUCAAUUUAUAACAUUUUUGACAUGCAUUGUUAUUCUGUCUCUCACUGUUCAAAUAAACCUACCAUUAAAAUUAUAGACUGAUCAUGUCUUUGUCAGUGGGCAAACGUACAAAAUCAGCAGGGGAUCAAAUACUUUUUUCCCUCACGGUAUGGCCGAUGCUCUCAGCUGGUGCCAAUAAAAUAGGCUAUAGGGCUACUGUUGUUCUCUCAAUUAAAUUGAGAAUUUUGUUAACUAAAAGACAGAUUAGAGUAUUUUCAUUGUCUUCUCUUUACAGCCAUUUGCUUUCCAAACUAUGUUUUUCUGUGAUUUAAUUUUGAGAUAUUGCUAUAUGCUUGGCUCUACUUUUCACUGACAGUCGCAACUCAACAAUAAUCUAUUAGGUAUUUGCCGCACUCUCUGCCUAAAUUGUGCAUGCUGCCUUUCCACAACUUUUUAAGGCUAAUGAUCCUCUGGCCAAAUCAUGCUUUAGUAGCCUAUUUUGAAUUAUUUUAUUUAUUUCUGUAUAGACAGGAGUAGGCUAAUUAGGCUAUAUAAUUUUGGCAAUUUAAUUCAAUUUACUUAGGGAAAGCUUCCCCUAGCCUUAUCGACACACCGCCUAUGAGCCUAUGUCAAUCUACUAUACCCUAUAGUAGAACAGUUGACCUAUUCUAUUGGUCAGCUUGUUGAGAAAGAAAUAGCCCAAACAGACUCUGGGACAGUUGUGUGACGAUAGAUCCCAAAUUCAUACAACCAGUAGGCCUAGGCUACAUACAAAAGCAAAAAAACAAGUUUAAAAGGCAAUGAAUCUGAUGCAACAGAUCAGAACGUUUAGCUUAAAAUGUUGAUAAACUAUUAUUUCUUAACAUUAUUAGCGCAGCAAUGCACACAAGGCAGUAGGCGACGCGCAAAUGUGCAUUUGGCUACCGGACAAUGAAAGAAUGUUGAAAACCAAUAGAACAUGAGAGAAAUAGGCUACUGGUUUCAAUAGCAUAUGGACGUCUUUAUAAAAGAAUUGCCUCCAUGGAUAUGGUCGGAUUUUGCUUAGGCUACUUUGAAGCAAGGUAAAACAUGACUCAUAAUAUGUAGUAAAACAGCUAUAUGUUUUCAAAAUGCAUACUACCUCCAGGACAUUGCAAAGUGGUGUGUGACGCGCUGAUGAAGCCUGCAUUCCGUUGCCUAUGCAUUUGAAUGGCGAAUGGGAAGCGCAUUUCAAUUACCAGUCGAGAAAUAAAAAUAGUAGCUCUUUUUAAUCGUGGCCCCAAAAAUAUUUUUAACACACGAUUACAUUUAGAAUUGUUGCACAAUGACUGCAUCUGUAUGCUGUGCGAGUGUGAUAAAUAAGAUACAUAACAAAUAUACACACGCAGCAAUUUAAUUCCACUAAAUUAUGCAAAUGAACCCAUAGGCCUAUAAGCAUGUAUUUCCAUCAACUGGUAUUUCCAUCAAUGAAUAGGCUAAAAAGCAUUAUUUCACAAUGGGUUUUUUACUUCCCUCUGACAAUUUGAUUUAUCAGCUUUAUAUAUAUAUAUAUAUAUAUAUAUAUACGCCCAAAAGCAGGCCUUUACCGGCUGAUGGAAACACUGACUCACACCCACUGGUAACACAGACAACAAGGGCAUUUCACACAGCCAACACAGAUAACAGAAUCAACAAAGGUAUAACACACACACUACCAACACAGUUAACACACACUCUGCAGUCACCUUCACAGAUAACUGACUACUACGUUUACAUUUCAGGUAUUUACUAUGUUCAACUGAAUAACCUUUAUGACUGUCCAUUGUCCUUAGGUCUGACCAGUCCAGAGGGCUUGGCGGUGGACGUGGUGCGCAGGGCCAUGUUCUGGGUGGAUAGCACGCCGGACAAGAUCGAACGUGCUAACCUGGACGGCAGCGGGAGACAGACUCUCUUCGACACCGACAUGGUCAACCCCCGUGCUAUCAUAGUGGACUCUUCCACUGGGUAAGGUUGAGGUUUUAAGUUGGUCAUGUCAAAAUCUCUCACAGGGAUGUGCACAAUAACACAAAAAUACAUCAUGUAAUAAAGAAAGUGUACAUGCACAUUGAUGUGCGCUCCCAAUAUUUGAGGUUUUACAGUAUUUCAGUUAAGUGUGCAUGUCUAGUAUUCUCACUUUUUACUCUAGAAUAAAACAUCACUUUUUGAGAACCUACAGUAAAUGUUCUGGUUGGUUUUCUACAUAGCAGUGACUCUCGGCCAUGGCUGUCUUAUGUUCUGAGUUCAGUUACUGCACCGCUGCUUUCACAACAUCAUAAUAACAUCUCUGACCUAAAGUUGAUUUCCCCGAAAGUCAUCAAGUGUUCCGCGGAAAGGCCGGCGUUUGACGAGCUAGGGCACUAUGUAGGGAAUAGGGUGCCAUUUGGGACACUAUCUACAUUUACAUUUACGUCAUUUAGCAGACGCUCUUAUCCAGAGCGACUUACAGGAGCAAUUAGGGUUAAGUGCCUUGCUCAAGGGCACAUCGACACAUUUUUCACCUAGUCGGCUCGGGGAUUAGAACCAGCGACCUUUCGGGUACUGGCACAACGCUCUUCACCAGUAAGCUACCUGCUGUUAAUGAGACGGCCUCGGGUGGCCUCGGGUGACCCUAAGGUCAAGGGUCACAGGUUUUUCUGGAUAACCUCAUCAGCUCCAAACAAAACCCAGCCUCACUAAGAUAUCUCUUCUGAGGCAAGAAGUGUACUUCAGGUGGUCCCUUAAGAGCAGGCUACCCUACCCUGUCAGAUCCAGGUUGUGUGUGUGUGGGUGGGUGGGGGGGGGGGUGUCUUUAAGUGUGUGUGCGUGUGCGUGUCUUUAAGUGAAUGCGUGUCUUAAGUGUGUGUUGUUGUUUUUUUACAUCUGUGAGUGUGCGUGUGUUUGUAUUUUCUCUAAUGUGUAUGCCUUUGCAUCAGCAUGUGUGUGUUUGAUUUGAGUCUGGGCGUUUCCCUUCUCCUUCAGUUAAUAGCACGUUAAUUAGGCUUCAUUUCCUGUGGCCCGGCUGUCUUCCUGUCUCCUGUGAUGUGCUGCAUAGCUGGAGCUGCAUUACUGACAAUAUGCUCUCUGCACAUCAACACUCACUGAGGAGGGCAGAGGAAGGCUGGGUUGUGUCCCAAAUGGCACCCUUAUUCCCUAUAUAGUGUACUACUUUUGACCAGGGUCCAUAGAGCUCUGGGUAUACCAAACAUUAGGAACACCUUCCUAAUAUUGAGUUGCCCUCAGAACAGCUUCAAUUCAUCAGGGCAUGGACUCUACAAGGGGUCGAAAGCGUUCCACAGGGAUGCUGGCCCAUGUUGACUCCAAUGCUUCCCACAGUUGUGUCAAGUCGGCUGGAUGUUCUUUGGGUGGUGGACCAUUCUUGAUACACAUGGGAAACUGUUGAGCGUGAAAAACCCAGCAGCAUUGCGGUUUUUGACACAAACCGGUGAGCCUCGCACCUACUAUCAUACCUCGUUCAAAGGCACUUAAAUAUUUUGUCUUGCCCAUUCACCCUCUGAGUGGCACACAUACACAAUCCAUGUCUCAAUUGUCUCUAGGCUUAAAAAUCCUUCUUUAACCUGUCUCCUCCCCUUUAUCUACACUGAUUAAAGUGGAUUCAACAAGUGACAUCAAUAAGGGAUCAUAGCUUUCACCUGGAUUCACCUGGUUAGUUUAUGUCAUGGAAAGAACAGGUGUCCUUAAUAUUUUGUACACUCAGUGUAUAGGGAAUAGGGUGCCAUUGGGGACGUACACUAAGUCUGACGGAGGAUGGAGACAACCCAUGAAGGAGAAGGCAAAAGAGGGAAAGAAAGAGACAGAUGGAAGCAGAGACAGAAUCAAGGAGAUAGAGAGGGAGGUAGAGAAAUUAGUUGAGAUAGGGACAACUGAAGGGAAAAAUCAAGAUAUCUGUCUCUCCCCAUCUCUGUCCUUCUCUAUCUCAAUUCAAUUCUAAAUGUUUUUAUUAGCAUGACGAAUGUAUAAACUAUAUAUUCAAAAGUAUGUGGACUCCCCUUCAAAUUAGUGGAUUCUGCUGUUUCAGCCACACCCGUUGCUGACAGAUGUAUAAAAUCGAGCACACAGCCAAGCAAUCUCCAUAGACAAACAUUGGCAGUAGAAUGGCCUUACUGAAGAGCUCAGUGACAUUCAACAUGGCACCCUCAGUUCGUAAUUUUUCUGCCCUGAUAGAGCUGCCACGGUCAACUGUAAGUGCUGUUAUUGUGGAUUGGAAAUGUUUAGGAGCAACAAUGGCUCAGCCGCGAAGUGGUAGGCCACACAAGCUCACAGAACGUGACAGCCAAGUGCUGAAGCGCGUAGCGCGUAAAAAUAAUCUGUCCUCGGUUGCAACACUCACUACCGAGUUCCAAGCUGCCUCUGGAAGCAACGUCAGCACAAGAACUGUUCGUCGGGAGCACACAAGCCUAAGAUCUCCAUGCGCAAUACCAAGCGUCGGCUGGAGUGGUGUAAAGCUCACCGCCAUUGGAGUCUGGAGCAGUGGUAACGCAUUCUCUAGAGUGAUGAUUCACGCUUCACCAUCUGACAGUCCGACGGACGAAUCUGGGUUUGGCGGAUGCCAAGAGAACGCUACCUGCCGCAAUGCAUAGUGCCAACUGUAAAGUUUGGUGGAGGAGGAAUAAUGGUCUGGGGCUGUUUUAUAUGGUUCGGGCUAGGCCCCUUAGUUCCAAUGAAGGGAAAUCUUAAAGCUACAGCAUACAAUGACAUUCUAGACGAUUCUGUGGUUCCAACUUUGUGGCAACAGUUUGUGGAAGGCCCUUUCCUGUUUCAGCAUGACAAUACACCCGUGCACAAAGUGAGGUCCAUACAGAAAUGGUUUGUCGAGAUCGUUGUGGAAGAACUGGCCUGCAGAGAGCCCUGACCUCAGCCCCAUCGAACACCUUUGGGAUGAAUUGGAACGCCGACUGUGAGCCAGGCCUAAUUGCCCAACAUCAGUGCCCGACCUCAUUAAUGCUCUUGUGGCUGAAUAGAAGCAAGUCCCCGCAGUAAUUUUCCAACAUCCAGAAGAGUGGAGACUUUUAUAGCAGCAAAGGGGGGACCAACUACAUAUUAAAGCCCAUGAUUUUGGAAUGAGACAUUCGGCGAGCAGGUAUCCACACACUUUUGGUCAUGUAGUGUACAUAGUUGCAUUGCCAAACUGACAGGAGGAGUGUCCUGUCCAGAUGUCUCACACUACAGAAACAGGAGAUAGGCUCUUGCCCUAAGGACCAUUCUGGCUUGGACAAGGCUUACUUACUUACCUACUUAUUGCCAAAGCAACCGCUCUCCCUCUCUCACACUCCCCCCUCCCGCUCUCCCUCUAAGGAACCACACAUUCUGAGCCUGUCUGUCUAUCUAAGCCCCAUUCCACUCCACAUCUGGAAGAACUGCUGGCCCGCUCUGCUCGGCCCACAGGAUCAGCAAUCAGCACAGCUACAAGUGCACGUGUGUGUGUGUACUGUGUGUGUGUGUGUGUGUGUGUGUGUGUGUGUGUGUGUGUGUGUGUGUGUAUGUGUGUGUGUGUGUGAGAGUGAGAGAGAGAGAUAUGGCUUUUGUGUAUGUGUAUUUAGGAUUUAGGCUUGUGUGUUUGUGUCAGCAAAAAUGUAUGUGUGUGUUUGCGUGUGUCUUUGCAGAUGUUUGCCAUACAUUAAAUAUUCUGGGUUUAUGUCUGGUAGAGGGAUUGGCUGUGGGUGGGUGCACGUGUGUAUGUCCAGCCUCAGAAAUCAUAAAGCACAUGGUUAAUCAUGAAUCGCAAUCAUGCGAAGCAAAAUUACAUCGAUGUCACGUCCAAAGACCUGGCCUUUCUCCCAAAUACUUUGACUUAGGUUCGCUCUGGAGUAACUCAAGCGAUCCGUCUUCUUUUGUUAUUUACACUGAAUAAAAAUAUAAACGCAACAUGUAAAGGGUGCCAUGGGUGCUGAGGAGUAUUUCUGUCUGUAAUAAAACCCUUUUGUGGGGAAAAAUUCAUUCUGAUUGGCUGGGUUUGGCUCCCCAGUGGGUGGGCUUGGCUCACCCAUGGCUGCGCACCUGCCCAGUCAUGUGAAAUGCAUAGAUUAGGGCCUCAUUUAUUCAUUACAAUUGACUGAUUUCCAAAAUCUUUGAAAUUGUUGCAGGUUGCGUUUAUAUUUUUGUUCAGUGUAGGUUAUUGCUAUGCCCAAUGAUUUUGUGGAUAAUAUGUAAUAAGAUAACCAAAGCAAGCCCUAUUCAUAAUAAAGAAUGAACGUAUGUUAGAUAUUAUUGCGUCUGAUUAGUUGGAUUUAUGCUAACCAUAUGUCAGUCAAAACCGUUGAAACAUAAUAGCGAGUGCUUAUAUUUCUCCUUCUAAUAUCUGAUAAUGUGGCAAGAAGUAUCGCAAGAGACCCAGGGGGUACUUUAUGUGAUGGUGAAAUUUAAUGAGCUUAAUAGUGUUUGUGAAUUUGCGCAGGAUUUCUUGGCACCCCUCAGGGUUACUUUUUGGAGAAAUGUCCUCUGGUCUGAUGAAACAAAAAUAUAACUGUUUGGCCAUAAUGACCAUCGUUAUGUUUGGAGGAAAAAGGGGGUUGCUUGCAAGCCGAAGAACACCAUCCCAACCGUGAAGCACGGGGUGGCAGCAUCAUGCUGUGGGGGUGCUUUGCUGCAGGAGGGACUGGUGCACUUCACAAAAUAGAUGGCAUCAUGAGGAAGGAAAAUGAUGUGGAUAUAUUGAAGCAACAUCUCAAGACAUCAGUCAGGAAGUUAAAGCUUGGUCACAAAUGGGUCUUCCAAAUGGACAAUGACCCCAAGCAUACUUCCAAAGUUGUGGCAAAAUGGCUUAAGGACAACAAAGUCAAGGUAUUGGAGUGGCCAUCACAAAGCCCUGACCUCAAUCCUAUAGAAAAUGUGUGGGCAGAACUGAAAAGGCUUGUCCGAGCAAGGUGGCCUACAAACCUGACUCUGUCAUCAGCUCUGUCAGGAGGAAUGGGCCAAAAUUCACCCAACAUAUUGUGGGAAGCUUGUGGAAGGCUCCCCGAAACGUUUGACCCAAGUUAAACAAUUUAAAGGCAAUGCUACCAAAUACUAAUUGAGUGUAUGUAAACUUCUGACCCACUGGGAAUGUGAUGAAAGAAAUAAAAGCUGAAAGAAAUCAUUCUCUCUACUAUUACUUCUUCUAUACAUGUCACAUUCUUAAAAUAAAGUGGUGAUCCUAACUGACCUAAAACAGGGAAUUUUUACUAGGAUUAAAUGUCAGGAAUUGUGAAAAACUGAGUUUAAAUGUAUUUGGCUAAGGUGUAUGUAAACUUCCGACUUCAACUGUAAGUAUUCACACCCCUGAGUAUUGCAAUACAUGCUAUAAUCAUCUUUGGCAGCGAUUACAGCUGUGAGUCUUUCUGGGUAAGUCUCUAAGAACUUUUCACACCUGGAUUGUACAAUAUUUUCAUUAUUAUUUUUUAAAUUCUUCAAGCUCUGUCAAGUUGGUUGUUGAUCAUUGCUAGACAGCCAUUUUCAAGUCUUGCCAUAUAUUUUCAAGCCGAUUUAAGUCAAAACUGUAACUAGGCCACUCAGGAACAUUCAAUGUCAUCUUUUUAAGCAACUCUAGUGUAUAUUUGGCCUUGUGUUUUAGGAGAUUGUCCUGCUAAAAGGUGAAUUUGUCUCCCAGUGUCUGUUGGAAAGCAGACUGAACCAGGUUGUCCUCUAGGACUCUAGCUCUAUUCCGAUUAUUUUUGUCCGAAAAAACUCCCUAGUCCUUGCCGAUUACAAGCAUACCCAUAACAUGAUGCAGCCACCAACAUGCUUGAAAAUAUGAAGAGUUGUACUCAGUGAUGUGUUGUGUUGGAUUUGCCCCAAACAAAACGCUUCAUAUUGAAGAAAUGAAGUUAAUUUCUUAGCCAAAUUCUUUGCAGUUUUAUUUUAGUGCCAUAUUGCAAACUGGAUGCAUGUUUGGGAGUAUAUUUAUUCUGUACAGGUUUCCUUCUUUUCACUCUGUCAUUUAGGUUAGUUUUGUGGAGUAACUACAAUGUUGUUGAUCCAUCCUCAGUUUUCUCCUAUCACAGCCAUUAAACUCUGAAACUGUUUUAAAGUCACCAUUGGCCUCAUGGUGAAAUCCCUGAGCGGUUUCCUUCCUCUAUCAAUAGGUGCCCUUCUUUACAAGGAAUUGGAAAACCUCCCUAGUCUUUGUGAUUUAAUCUGUGUUUGAAAUUCACUGCUCGACUGAAGGACCUUACAGAUAAUUGUAUGUGUGGGGUACAGAGAUGAGGUAGUCAUAAAAAAAUCAUGUUAAACACUAUUAUUGCACACAGAGUGAGUCCAUGCAACUUAUUGUGUGACCUAUAAAGCACAUUUUUACUCCUGAAUUUAUUUAGGCUUGCCAUAAAUACUUUUUGACUUAAGACAUUUCAGCUUUUCAUUUUUUAUUAAUUUGUAAACAUUUCUAAAAACAUAAUUACACUUUGACAUUAUGGGGUAUUGCGUGUAGGCCAGUGACACAACAUCUCAAUUUAAUCAAUAAAAAAUUCAGGCUGUAACACAACAAAAUGUGGAAAAAGUUGAGGGGUGUGAACACUUUCUGAAGGCACUACCUGGUUUCAUAUUCAGUGUAUGCAGGAAUUGAACCCACAACCUUGAUGUGUAGCGGAGUUGAUUUGGAAUCACGCUCUCGGUUGCACUCCCUCCCAGGAGACUUGUAACCCCAAAUGACCCCCUCGGAUCUAGAGGAUGUUAAGACUUGGUUAAGACGUUGGGUUGGAGAGCGGGAGACCUGGGUUCGAUCCCACCAGUUACACUUGCACACACCAUUUAUGAACCAUAUGAGCCACCAUGCACACCACCAUAAUUGCCCUUUCUAAGUGCUUUCUAACUGUGUGUUGACUCUCUAGGACCCUGUACUGGACCGACUGGAACAGGGAGGCACCGAAAAUCGAGAGUUCCUCAGUGGAUGGCCACAGCAGGAAGGUGCUGGUGAAGGACGGGAUUGGCCUGCCCAACGCCUUGACCUUUGACACAUCCACGAGACAGGUGUGCUGGGCGGACGCAGGUAAGAAUCCCGUGCCUCUAGGAGCUUGGAGCGUUUAGAACCACACCUAAGGCAUAUAACUAGAACCAGCUUACUUUCCCAAAUCCUCACCAUCUUAAAGAGGAAAAAAUUGCUAAACUGAUCUUGGAUCAGGAUUUAAGGCAGGGCUCCAGACAUUUUCCCCAGUUGGCACCAGCCCAUGAUUUGGUCGCAUCCCCAAAAAUUAAUUUGCGGAGUCACGCAAUAGAAACAUUUGUAAUCAUCUGAUAAAGUCAUUAUAAAGUAUUUCACAAUGCUUAAUAAGAAGUGUAAUAUACUACUGAGAUGGUAUUCAAUAAAUACAUUGUUACAUCUAACAUGUCCAAGCAGCAAUGCAUGAUUCAAGGUAUUUUGAUAUGCAACCGAAUCCAGUGAUUUUCAUGAAUUCACUGAUGCAUUCUGUUCAUUUCUUAUUAUAAACUUGGGCAGACACUUUCAUUACAGGAAUCAUGAGGAUAAUGCACUAAACUGUUUGACAAAUUAUGGUUUUAUCCUCCCAAUUGAGGUGACCCUUUGAAUGAGGCGACCAGGUAGAAUGUACAGCUCGCACCAGUACGACUAAUAUAUUUUUUUACUAGCACAGACAAGUCAAAGGGUCGCAAAAUGCGACUAUAUGGUCGCAGUCUGGAGCCCUGAUUUAGAGGCAUUUUCAUGAGCUCUUUUGAAGUUCAAAUUGCUACAUUACAUCUCUGUGAUCCAAGUCUCUAUCUUUGUAACCUACGCUUUUGUUUGUAUGUUCCCACCAUGAAGUCGUUAAGGUUGAGCUAUAUAUAAUAAUGCCCAUUUCAUGAUGUUAAAUCUCAUGACGCUAAAAUAGUAAGCUAUUAAAAGUAUGGUAAGUUAUUAGAAAGCAGUGCUGCUGUCACUUCUCAGCACUUUAAUAUGCUGACUACAACCGCCAUGCCCAUGCGUCCGCGUGCGCCUUCGCGCGCAUGUUGAUUUUGUCUAUCCCCACCAGACACGAUCAUGACACGCAGGUUAAAAUACUAAAAUCGUAAAUCAGUUAAAUAAAUAUCGGGGCAGGUCGAAACACACAUGAAACAUUCGUGGACAUUGAGACUAUAGCCUUUGCUAGCUAGUUUGUCCUGGGAGAUUAUCAUUGGGUUGUUAUUUUACCUGACAUGCAUAUGGUCUUCUUUUUAGCUGGUUCUUUGUGUUUCUCUAUUGAAAUUCUAAUGACAGUGUGUUGAAUAGACUUACAGUAUUUAGGAAAACUCAAGGAAGCGGGACAUGACUUUGAAAAUGGCAAAGUAACUAAAAUGUUAAAUGACAAUUAACACUAGAAAAGCUGGGCCUCUAGUAAUCCCGUUCUGAGCCAAUGCAUUCUAACAGUUUAAUAAAUACAUUUAAUAUAUGCUAUAAAACAUUUGGUUGUGUUUAUGAAGGUUUUAGGUAGGCCUACCAUUAGAAAAUAUGUUUCAUGAGUUUUGUUACUGUAGGCUAUAUGUAAAAACGAAAAACCACAAAAACACCCAAAUUCAAGUGUUAUACACCAUCACAAAGAUAUGCAUUAUUAUUUCAUUAAGGCAGGUAUUUAAAAACAUUUUUUUUAAACACUAAUAGCUUGUAUUUCAAAAUAACUAAUUAUGCUCACAUGUAGAACGCAUGGAAUAGCAGCUGUAAUAUUCUACCAAAAAAGUGAUAUUUUGAAAUAGAGCCCAUGCCUUAAUUUUAAGUUUUUUGGCAAAUGUAUGUAUUUUAGAAACCUUAGAACCUGCUCUUUCUGAUUAUGAAAUCAAAAUGUCUUACCUGCAUGAAUGACGAUUUGAAAAAUUUGCUUUUUGGUAAGCGCCAUUCCCUUUUUUGGCAAUUACCCACGCUGUGCAGCAGUCUCUUCAUUCGCAAGGCAAUUGAUAAUAUUGUCACCCAUAAGCCUAUUGUCAAUGUAAUCUUGUCUUUAGGCUAUAUCUAUUAUUAUAGGCCUAUGUGUGAAAUUAGUUUAGGUGUAGUUUCGAUGGACAUGUCUACCUAAAACUGCUUAUAACACAAACUCUGUUUGUGAUAUUGAAAUUCUAACGACAGUGUGUUGAAUUGACAUAUUUAGAAAAAGUCAAGGAAGGGGGGACAUGACUUUGAAAAUUGCAGAGUAAAUAAAAUGUUACAUUCAUAUGACCGCAAAAUGAUGGUCUCUGAGUUUUUAGUUCGUUAUCUAUGAUUAAUCUCUCAAAUACAUACCUGGAGUUGUAUGCUCCUGAAAACCAAUGGGUAGAUGGGAGAGGCGGAACUUGCAGCGUGUCGAGCGUCUCAAAUAGAACCAAGUUCUAUUUUAGCGCUUAGCUACGCAGACGCUUGUUCACGCACGCAAGCUUAUUUUUUAAUUUUUAAUUUUACCAUUAUUUAGCUAGGCAAGUCAGUUAAGAACAAAUUCUUAUUUACAAUGACGGCCAAACCCGGACAACGCUGGGCCAAUUGUGCGCCACCCUAUGGGACUCCCAAUCACGGCCGGUUGUGAUACAGCCUGGAAUCGAACCACGGUCUGUAGUGAUGUCUCUAGCACUGAGAUGUAGUGUCUUAGACCACUGCGCCACUCGGGAGCCCACUUAUGGGCGAAAUGAUUAAAUAAUAUGUAUAUGUACAUUUAUUUUGCGAUGCUCGAGCUUGUAACAUGCUGACCAAACCGGCCGUCGCGUCUGCGUAGCCACGCUUGACCCGUUGCAAGUCCCGCCUCUCCCAUCUACUCAUUGGUUUUUACGAGCAUAUACCAACAUGGAUGAUUGAAAGAUGAAAGCGAUCCACACUCCAGUCCAGUUGGUAAUGGUAAUCCACUUUAAAAUUGGUUGCCAACCGCCAUAUAAAAUCCACAGAAGAAGAAGAAGAAGAAGAAAGAUGAAAGAGGAGAGGUUCAUCAAAGAACUAACUAUGUUUCCCAUUUUUAUCUGUGGAUUAAUUGUCGGAGUAGAGAACACACGAUUUUGUAUGACUCAACACGGGUCCAAAUUCUACAAAGAUACAGCUAAAAAAAGGACCAUAUGCAUUUUAGGUGAAAUAACAACCCAAUGUUAUCUCCCAGGACAAAUUAGCUAGCAACAGCAAGCUAGCUACAUGUCCAUGAAUAUUCCAUGUGUUUCGACCUGUCCCCAAAUGAAUAUAGUUGGCAGGGGUGUAGUGAUGUAGGAACGCGCUCCCUCCCUUUUUUUCAAUUUGAGGAGCUGAUAAAUAUUUUUCAGGAAAAUUAUUUCUGAAGCUUAAUUAAUUACUGCAACACCACAUAAUGAUGAAUUAGUAUUUUACAUAACGUAACCGAAUAUAAUAGCAUACUGUAGCAUAGUAAGUCUAUAAUGUUACUGUUACACCAAAAACACCAGAUUUGUAGAGGUUUUAGGACGGUUAGCUGAAGCUGAAAAUACUCAUUUCUUUUCUCAUGCGGCCAAAACUCAACAGCGUGCACCACUAGGCAGGAUAUAUGCUUUGAUUGAAACAAAAUACAAGAGAGGCUAAUAGUUUGUUAACACCAUUACACCAAGUAAUUCAAGAUCUACAUUUCCCAUGAAACUGAUUGAGAUCAAAUGAUUGCAGACGCAGUUUGUACAUUUCACAGGUAAAAGGUAAAUCAUUAUCAUUCACGAUUGACAGUGAUGAUGGCCUAUUUUGAAAUGAGGUAUGCCUAACUUGGUGUUUGAGGUUAUUAAAAUAUAAAAUAUUCUUGAGACAAUGUGUGGGCCAGGGUUUCUGUUAGCCGGUAAUUGCCUGCUAGAUAAAAUUGUAGCCGCCCAAAUUGUCCGGGCUGCAUAUCAUACAUCCCGAUUUCACGCUUCAGCACCAUUCUCUCACUCCUUGCCUGCUGCGUUACGUCUCGAUCACACCAACAGUGUCUUGCGCAAAAUGGUACGCAGCAUCAUCUGGAUAUGUGUGCAACAAAAGUUCAACAUUCACCUUCUGCUACCAUUUCUGUUCAAGCUAUCCACGCAUACAGUUUGACGCAUACAUUCGAUAAAUCCAAAGUAUGCACCACACAGAAGGCACUGCAACUGCCUCUGCAACGCAAUGCUGCAAGGCAAAUGCAGCGUUCACUGUCGGUGUGAUCGAGGUGUUAUGUGCAUGCUGCUGAGGAGAGCGAGAGAGCGAGUGAGAGAAGCCUUGGGCUACUAUUGAUUGCGAAGAUGGAGGCCUUUUUCAUUGAAGUAAAACAAAAGUUAGAGAGUAUGCUUAUAGUGAAAAGCCUACAAGGGGAAUGUCCUCCAUAUGGACAAGUUUUAAUGUUGUAGUGGACAAAGAUGGGAAGAAUGUUGGCGCGGCCAAAUGCAGGCAUGUGCAACUUGCUAUUCAGGUAGGAUGCAAUUUUAGAACGUAGAUUAUUUUUAAAAAAAAUUGUAUUUACAGUAUAAUCAUUUGUUUUAUCAUUAUUAUUACUGUAUAUCAUUGUUAUUAUUGUAGGCAUAUUUAUUAAUCUGAACCAGUUAUUUAAAUAUGCAAAGCUUGUUUUGUUUCAUUCUGUUGAGACAUUUUCGUUGGCUAAAUUAAGUUCGAUCUGUCUUUUAAUUGUGUGCUGCAUGUAUUUAGUUUAAGAUGGGUUGUCAGAAGCCUGUUGCUGUGAUUUAUUGGGGACGCACUAGCCUUUCUUGGUAGCCUAAUUGCUGCAAUACAGCCUGUUCAAAACUUUUGUGAAGGUUUAAACCAGAGAGCAAUACACCACUGAUAGUUGUUUCACAGUUGGUUUUGGUAUGUGAACCUGCUUGUCAUGAACUCGUCUGGUGGGGAUAGACUAAAUCAACAUGCACACGAUGGCGAACGCAGACGCACGUGCGGAGCCGGUUUGGUCAGCAUGUAAAAGCCAAUUUAUGGUCAAUCUGGCUCUGUAUUGGCCGUACAGCAUUUACUGCGAUGCGGUCUCUGCAGAAGUCAGGGCAUUCAUACUUCUUGCGCUUCGCGGAGCAGAACAGAGCUGUUGUGAAGGAAGUUGUCAAGGAAAUGACUUUGUGUUUAUACAGGACCUCCCAUGGUCCCACCCCCACCUACUGUCAAGCAAUCAUGUCAGUGUGGAGCUAUACAGAGCCCUCCGCAUUGUUACUAAAUUUGGGAGGCGCAUGGCGAUGCGGUACGGAGCUCGAUUUGACCUCUGCAAGCCAUCCUCUGUAUGUAGCCUCCGGACCGCAUUGUCGGAUCAAGCAUAAAUCGGCUUUAAGGAGGGGACCAAGUUCUAUUUUAGCGCUUGGCUGCGCAGACACCAAUUUGCGUGCUCAAGUGGUGUUGGUGAAAUGAUUGAAUAACAUGUAUGUGUAAAAUUUUUUUGCAACACUCACAUUUGCAUGUUAGUGGGGAUGGGGCCAAGCUGUUUUGGAGCAGAGUCAGAGGUGAUACACAGUUCAGAUGCAUACAGACUGUAUACUACUCUACAUACUAUGGAAGGGGCUUAUACUGUUAUCAACCUGAUGAAACCUAUAAAAUCUCUCCCUUACCAUCCCCAUCUCUUUCUUACCUUUUCUCUCUGUAUCGUCUCCUCUUUCUCUCUCACACUCGCUCUCUCUCUCUAAGGAACCAAGCGUUUGGAGUGCAUUGCGUCUGAUGGGACGGGUAGAAGGGUGAUCCACAGCAACCUGAACUACCCAUUCAGUAUGGUGUUCUAUGCCAACCACUUCUACUUCACAGACUGGAGGAGGUAAGAGAGGAACAUAUCUGGGUUUAAAUAGUAUUUGUUAUCUGUCAAAUACUUAAGCUGUGCUUGAUGGAGGUCCAUAGGUGCGACGGAACCAAUGGAAUAGACCCAGAAGUGCAAACCCUGUAAAUACUGUUUAAAGUAGUGUUCUUUUUAGGUUCAGUGUAAUGGUAUGAGAGAAUUUUUUUUUUUUUUCUGAUCUUCAACAAGAUAUUGCACAACUGGCAGCAACAAACUGAAUUGCGAGUACAAUUUACAUUUAGAAAAAUUGUGUACCAAAACACAAACAAAAGACCAAUAAGUUCCAAGCAAUAGCAAUUAAUGAAAUGAAUGAAAGUAUCUAGUAAUGUGCAUCAUUAGCUGUUGGACAGUUGUCUUGAGCAGAGGGGGCAUUGAUGUUAAAGCCAGGGAGAAACAAUCAGCGCCCAAUUCAGCGCUCCCGAGUGGCACAGUGGUCUAAGGCACUGCAUCGCAGUGCUAGCUGUGCCACUAGAGAUCCUGGUUCGAAUCCAGGCUCUGUCGUAGCCGGCCGCGACCGGGAGACCCAUGGGGCGGCGCACAAUUGGUCCAGGGUAGGGGAGGGAAUGGCCGGCAGGGAUGUAGCUCAGUUGGUAAAGCAUGGCGUUUGCAACGCCAGGGUUGUGGGUUCGAUUCCCACGGGGGGGGGUAUUUAAAAAUAAAAAAUAAUAAUAAUGUAUGCACUAACUGUAAGUCACUCUGGAUAGGAGCGUCUGCUAAAUGACGUAAAUGUAAAUCUGUAUUGCUUGAGUGUUACAGAUUGCGCGAUUGAAAUGUAAAGGUCAUUUCAAAUUGAGCCAACAUAUGCAGCAUUUACCGUGAAUGCAGUCUCCGCUAACGCUGGAACAUUGCUUUUACAUUUCAAUCAUGCUGUAAUGCCGAACUUCUCCACUACGGAUUGAAUCCAGCCCUCCGUCAGACAGACGGGCCAGGAGCUCUUCAUCACGGCACUUUGCUUGUUCAAACUUGAAUAUGUAUUUUUUUCUGUGGUGUUUGUAGGGACGGAGUCAUUGCUCUGAGUCGGGACAGCAGCCAGUUCACAGACGAGUACCUACCUGACCAGAGGUCUCACCUGUACGGUGUCACCGUAGCAACCACCCACUGUCUA